AUGGAAAUUAUUUGUAGCGGGCCAAGACUACGCGUUUAUUUUGAUAUCAGCGAAAGGAGCCACCAGGAGCUCCUGAAGUCCCUUGCAGACGCCUCUCUGCUGUGGGGGGAGGUGGGCAUCUCCGGCACUCGCGGGCCGUUUCAUCACAGGUGGGAGAGGGCCCCGGUUUCGCACCGCAGCUCACGCCGGCCACCACGGGGGAGCCGCCGCUGUCGCCCCGAGGCGGGGCGGGCUCCUGCCGCCUCCGUUCCCCCGCCGCUCAGCGCGGCCCCCGGACUUGCCCAGCCCGCGCCCGCCGCCGAUUUCGGGGGGACGGGGCGCUGCCGAUGCACGCGUGGGCGGUGCGUGGGCGGGCGGUUGCGUGGGCCGCGGCGGCGGCGGCGGCGGGGCGCGGACAGGUGGGCUGGCCCGGGGCGGGCGGGCGGUGCGAGCGAGCGAGCGUGUGGGAGCGCGGCGGCGGGGGCGGGCCGGCCGUGGGUAGGCAGCGGCGCGGCUGCCGAGCGGCGCUGCCCCCCGCACAGCAGCGGCGGCGGCGGGAGCCCCGGCCCCGCGAUAAAAAGAGAAGGGGCCGGGAGGCGCGCGCUGCGCGUUUGCUGGAGCGCUUUGCGGCGGCUCCUCCAGAAACGUGCCGGGGAGGGAGAGAGCCGGAGAAAGAGCGGGAGGUUGUGCCGAGCGACGAGCUGCCGCCCUCCCGCAGGAAUCCCGGGCGGGCGGUGCGGCGGCACCAGGACGCGCGGCUCCCCCUGGCUGCGCGGCGGCGGCGGGAAGGAGGCAGGGAGCAGCGCUGCUGAGGAAGACUCGCCGGCACCGCUUCAUCCUGCGGCACCGGCCGGCGGGGUGAGGAGCCCGGAGAGCGCAGGUGGCAGUGUAGAAGCCAAGAACAAAAAUUGGCAGAAAUUGUAUUCUGUGUUUGAGAAAAUGAAGAGUGUACUCAUGACUAAGCACAGGAACCUGGAAAACCACAGGAUUCCUGGGAAGCCAUGAAGGAUGGGACAAACUCAGAGAUGGAGCCUGAGGAUUUUUUUAGAACUGAUGAGUGGGAAGUUAUCCUGGUAAGAAGUGUCAAAGUCCAACUAUCGCUAUGUUUGUUCAUGGAUUUAUACUUUUGCAUUUGGUUGUUCUUAGUCUAGCCUAAGAAGGCAUUUUGUCUAAACCUUUAAAUUGCUUCUGAGUUUAUGUAGUUAUAUCACAAAUGCCCACAGAUGACCAAGCUGCCUUGUGUUGGCUCCCCUGCAGUAACUGGCAUUGGGCACAGUUUUAGUUAUCCCCAGCUGCAAGGUAGGUUGCAGACAGAAUGAUUUAUCCCACUGUCAGAAUGGGCUAAGGGUGUACAUCCCAUUAGGUAUGAGUAAACAGCUGUCACCAAUAAGCUAUUAAGUUGUAGUAUCUUGGAAUCUUGAGAUUCUGAAAUCCAAAUCAAAAUGAUUUUUUUCUACCCACUGUUUAAAAAUAAAUUCAGGAAAUUAUACUUCAGGUAUAGCUUUGGGCACAGGAGCUGCAAGUUCUCUGUAAAGAAGCUGUAUCUCUGUUAGUGAACAGUUAGACCCUGAUCUGAGUGGGGCUUUUGGGUACCAUUAUAUGCUUUCAAAAUGUGCCUUUGACAGAGUACCCUGAAGAGCUAUGGCAGUUCUUAACUUCAAUUAAAAAUAAAAGAAGUGAAUAAAUCUAGAUUUGUUCUUCAGGGGAGAGGUCUUCUAACCAUCUUUGCCUGGCCAUCAUGUUAUCACUUGUCACCUGUUACUUCUGAGUGGGGACCCACUCAUGUGCAGCUGGUGAGAAAAAAGCAUCAGCAUUAAUUUCUGUACAGCCCUGUAGUUUUUUCUUAUUGAACAAGAGUUAUCAAAGCUAUUAAUUUAGGUUUUUUAAAGUCAAUUGAACUGUUUAUGUAGUAUGGAUCAGCAUAUGCUUAUGGCUUUGUUGAACAUUGUUGAGGUCAUUAGUUGCUGCUAACACAUUUAGAAGAGAAAAUGAAAAUGUCAUUUGUCAUUGGUACAAAAUUUUAACGGGGUCUUCCAUUACAUCAAGUGUUCAAAAUAUUAAAUAAAAGAAAACUGGUAACUAAGCAGUGUGAUGCUCAAGAGUUCAAUUUCCAGACACUUCUCAGUGCUAAUUAUGAAGUAUUGACAUAAAUGAAUGAAACUACUUGUUAAAGUGCCUUUUGCAGUGUAUAGCAGUUAUGUGUUCACAAGAUGAUUCAUAACAUUCAGCAAUUUGUGAUGAGUUUCCCUGCCAUUACUGGAGAUUACUAAGUAUCAAAUGUAUUUGCACUACACUGGGUUACUUUAAAUUAGAUUUGAUUGUGGAAAGGGAAGGAGAACCAUCUUCUAUUAACUGAAAAAUCAGGCCUGUUUUAUGAAUCAGUUAGUCAGUAUUGAAUUUCUCUCUACUGUAUAUUACAAUUUAUCCUUUACAAUAAAAUACAAAUGUUUCAUCAUCAUUGCUAUAAAUACAGGAGUGUGUGGGAAACUCUCAAGACUUCUUUUGUGUUGAAAGUUAUGUACAUUAUAACUAAUAAAAUAUAGCAGACUUUCUGUAACUGAAGGUGGAAUUCAUAGUAAGAAAUCUAAUUUUGGAAUCUAAAUGUGUAAGGUCCCAUUUUCAAUCAGCAGACCUUAAUUGUAUAGAGUGCUAUUUGAUUUGAUGCAGGAUGUAUUUGUAAGUACCACUCCCAUUAACAGUGCAACGGAUGCUGCAUCUUAGAAAACUGUAUUGUGCUUCUGCUUUGAACUGGAAGUUGUGGCUGGUUGUGUGUUCUGUUGUCUUAAGAAAACUGUGUUUAAGGGCUUGCACAAUCAGUCAUUCCACGCCAUCAUGACGAUGGCCGUAAUCUGUUAGAUUAUGAAGCAUGAUUGCCUGGCAGUUAUUGGAAAUGUCUGUUAAUGAUACCAGGGUUUUCCACAAGAAAAACUUUCCCACUCCUUAGUACUUGUGUAGGAUUGUCUUCAAAAUGGUUUGUGGGCACUGGGAGAAUGUACUGGGCCCAUGGGUUAAUGAUGCUGCAUGGAAGACAGAGAAAUUACUUUAUAAUAUCUGUUUAUUUUGUGAAAUAACAGGUACCAGCCAGUCCGGUAUGAAAGGCAGGUUUUUAGAAAAUCAGCAGACUGUCUUUCAAGAGGAUGAGGAUGGUCUGAAUCAAAGUCUCUGGAUAGGGAGGCACAAAGUGAAAAUUUCAGGUGGAAUACUCUGAGCAUAAGCAUAAAACACAAGGAAUGUGUCUGAGGCCAUUUAGCUUGGACACUCUGGCUUCUCAGGCUGGAAGUUGAUACCAGAUCUCCAGUUGGAAGAGAAUAGCAUUUCCUUAAUCUCAAUAGUAUUAAUACAGCUGUUAAACCAAGGGGAUAGCUAUGAUACUGCAAGAUGCCCAUUGUAGAUUACUAUAACUGAGGUAAACUCUUGUGAAUGUCUCAACGUACUAACCAUAUGUGUAAAGAAAGUAUACUGAGUUAGCAAAUGCGUAAAGUAAACCUCCAGGCAUGUGGUCCCACUGCUGUCUUUGGGCAUGCUGCUACUGGGCUUCUACAAGAAGUCCUAAUGCAGGAGAACAUGAAAACUGUAUAGGAGAAAUGAUCCUGAAAUUACAUUCUGUAUGUAAGACCUUGCUCUUGGAUGGUGACUCCAUAGGAUACUUAGAGCAAAAGGAUACUGGUGACAGUAUCCUUUUGCUCUAAGAAUGCCAUUGCAUGGUGUCAAUUCUAGAUGACAGAGGACAUCGUGGAGUCCACUUGACCAAAUGGAGGGCUACUAACUGGAUUUAUGAUGCAAGAAGGGAGAACCUUCCAACUACAUGCCAAGAUGUCUUAGAACAAAAGGAGUCUAGACUAUCUUUUGAUGCUGGAAAAGAUGGUGAAGUGCUGGUGGCACAGAAAGGCUACCAAGAUAGUGCUGGUAGCAACAUCUGAGUUGCUAGGUAGAAGGUUAAAGACCUCUGCAUCCUCAGUCUCCACUGUAAUCUCAAUAGCUUACAUGAGGAUAAGCAGAAAGGACACACAGGUCAAGAUGACACAGCCUCUGGGGCUGAAAUCCUUAACAUUGCUGUACUUAGCACAGAAGUUGAUGAAAGUCAUUUAGAAAACAGUGAAGAGCUGCUGGAAUAAGUUAGAUCCAAUUUAAACAGGAGCGCAGAAGAGCAGGCAGUCAGACCAAAAUAGAAAUGUUUCCAUGCAAAUACUAGAAGACUAGAAGAUAAGAUGGAAGGACUGAAUGCCUAGUUCUAAAGUUAUUGGCAGUAUAGGUCUACUAUAAAGAACAUAGCUAGCAGGACACUUUGAGGAUUUCUGUGAAAAGCCUGGUAAGAAGAACAGUUGAAAGAGUAAAAUGCUUGCAUUCAUUGUGGAGAGACUCAGAACGAAUGCAUGUCCUCUAAUAAGUGCUUCUCUGAACCUUUAAAAAAGAUUUUUUUUAAAAAAAAAAAAGCAAUUACCAUGGUUGAGCAGGCUGUAAGGAACAUGAAGAUAUCCUUCAAAAACUUAUGCCCAAGAAAAUAAAGGCAAAAAUCAGGCAAUUUAAACAUAAAAUAUACAGUAAAACAAAUAAAAGUCUGGUAUGUGACUUAUAAAAGGCAGAGAAGUUUGUCAUAACUACUCUUUCAAAAACAUCAGAAACAGGAGAGCUAUUGGGUCAAUAGGUAACUAAGAUCUAAAAAAGCUCAAAUAGGACUGUGCUGUAGCUGAAAGAGUAUGAGAUACUCAUGUUCAUGGUGCAGGAGCUCCCAAAGAAAACCUCUUCUCUCUGGGGAGAGAAACACAAGGUCCUUUUGAGGCACCUGUUCCAAAUCAAAGUGCUGUUGGGACUUAUUUUUAUCAUCUUGUUCUUAAAAAAAAAAAAGUAUUUACAGCAAAUUCCCAUCUCUAGAUGUGCCCAAGACCUCUAGAAGAUCUCUUGCAAUAAAAUUGCUGAACUGUUAAGGGUGAUGUUUAACAGCACAAUACUACUGUGGUAGCAGUGAAGUUAAGGGUGCCAAAGGUGAUGCCAGUUUUUAAAAAGGUUUCCAGAAAGCCUAUAGCAAAGAACAGGGCAGAUAUGACUGGUGUUUCUGCCAGCUGAUUUCCUGGUAAAUAUGGUGAAAACUAAUGGCGAUCAUGGACAAAUUUGAUAUACCAGGAAAGAGUCAGAACAGCCUCACAGGUCUGGUACAGUUCUUUGAAGGCGCUGUUGAAGUUGUGAGUAAGUGUGGUCUAGCUGAUGCAGUAUGCUUAGGUUUCAGAAAGUCUUUUGGGAACUACUCAUCAAAGGUGCUGAGCAAAAUGAAACUGCUCUGACAUAAGAGGAAAGUUCUCUCCUAGACUGUUGGUUAAAAGAUGGGGUAGGAAUAAAUGACCUGUUUUCGCAGAGGGGACAGAGGUCAUUGGUGGAGUUGCUCAUAUGGAUCUGUGCCAGUUUUAACACUAGUCAGCCUAUAAAUUGGUGGUCUGGAAGAGUGAGUGUAGAGUGAUUCUAAGUUAACGAGUGUAGCAAAAAAUGAAAGCUAAUCAUGAAGAGCCAAAGAGGGAUCUCGUGAUGCUUAGUAACUGGGGAUGAAGCUUGCUGCUGAUAUUCCAAGUAAUGCAUGCAAGGGAGAACAGUCCUGCUGUUACUGUGAACUAUUAGCACCAAAAGAAGUGGUGUUGCAGAGACCUUACUGUGGUAAGUUCAAGCAUUGGUUGAAUCUUUAGGACCAGUUAAAAACCCAAAAUGCUAGAGAAGAAUAGCCAACAGAACAGAAGUCUGUUAUGCCAGUCUGUAAGCCACCUGUGCUUUUGUCUUGACCUCUGGGUACAGUUCUGAUCCCUAUAUUUAAAGGAAGCAUGAGGGGGGGAAAAAAAAGGAGACAUAAUAGAAGUAGAAAUAGGUGGCAAUAAUGAUAAGGCCCAAUUAAGUAGAUUAGGAAUCUUCCGCCUGGCAAAGAAAUAGCUAAAGAUGAAAAUGAUAAAAAUCUAUGUAGGAGUGUAAUAGAAAAAAUGAGCAGGGAAUGCUCAUUAACUGUCUCUUGUAGUAUAAGACCCAGAGGGGAUCAAAUAAAAUUAUCAAGCGACAGAUUGAGAACAAGUAAGAGGCUGUAUUUUUUUUUUUCUCAUAAUGCAUAGUUUAACUGUGAGACACUGUAUAUACUAGGAGUUUAUCUGGCUUUGGGCUUUCAGUGCAAAAGCAUCUCCUCUUGAUUAGAAGAACGCAAAGGCCAGUUCUUGAAGGCUGGGGAGGAACCCUGAGGUACAUCCCUGCAAGUUUUCCCUGUCCUAGUGCUCUUUUCUUCAGACCUUGGCUCUCGGCCUUUGCUGAAGGCAUCAUAUGGGGGAUACGUGCAUCUUUGGUCUGACAGAAUAUGGUUAUUAAUAUGUAAAAUGAAGACAAAUUGCAGUCCCCUAAAGAAAAUGCUGACCAUAUGCCACUCCAGAUGCAUUACAGAAUUAUUGGUGAAGAAAAUGUGUUGAGAAGGACAUUUUUUUUUUUCUUGGGCCUAAUAAUUUACCAAUGAAGAAAAAUAAAUCAAUUUGGUUUUGAAGACUGUACAAGUUCUCAUUGUACCACAUUGAAUGUGAAGUUUAGUACCUAUAAAAGGGUGUUGAGAUUCUUUGUUCUGUGGUGUCACGAUUCAGCUUUACUUCUGUGCUUGCUCAAAGCAAGUUGAGCAUUUGUUAUUCCUUGCAGUUUAUCUUCAGAUUAAAAACCUAAAUGCAAAAAUAAACUGGAAAAGUUAGGGACAGGCUUACCCAUGUAAUGAAAUGUUACCUGUAUAAUAAAAUGAAAAAUACAGUUUUUUGAGUCUUGCACAUGGAAGAUGAAAUCUCUUUUUGUAUAAAUAUAGUGAGAUUACACCUAGGUUCUUUCCCUAUCCAAACAUACAAGGACUAAAGCUAUGUUAGGCUUGGUCUGGUAAGGACUUUGAGGAAAAAAGAUUAUUAAGAAUAAAGGAUGACUUGACCAUUAGGUGUGAAAACAGCAUUUGAAUUUUAAAAGCACGUAGAAGUUACGGAACAAGAAUUAUGCAGUCAUCCAAACCAGUUAACAAACUGAAUGAAAGAAGAGCGUCCCAGUGCCAGGGCUUAUAAGCUGGUGUGAGUACAACAGCUGUGAGGUACAGAACCAGCACAAACAUGGCACUGCCCCCUGUGAGGAGAUAAAAGGGCUAGAUGUUGGGGUGUCCACUAGGUUAGUUCUAACGGAGGAAAAUUAGUCGUCUAGGGUUCCUGUGGUAACAGUAACAAUAAAUCAGCUUAUCCGAUAGGUGACACAGAGCACCCCAAGCCAGUUCCUGCUCUGAAUUACCCUCUAGAGGAGGCUUUUUCUGUCCAUGCUGGUGCAGAUGGACUAGGGACACAAAGACAACUGGCCUCCCUAGGUCAAAGUUGGCCUUUGAACAUACCCAUUCUAUAUGUUACCAUCAGACCUGAUUUUCCUAGAUGUUUUAGUAGGUCACUCUUUCUUUCCAGUGGUACUAGGAUAAAAAUACACUGCAAGACAAUACUAGCUAAACCCAUUUUAAAGGUUUCAUGUUGAAGUGCCUGUUUUAUACUUAAAGUUCAGAUUGUCCCUCAAAGUUUUCUGUACUUGCCUGACAAAGCCAAGAGCUAUAUUAAAAAUAAGUUUAAAAUACUUUUUUGUUUAAGAAAAAAACCUGUAAAAUCAAAGAUUUUUCUGAAAUAAAACAUACAAAAAGAGAUCAAAUGGAGGUUUUUAAAUUAUGAAGAUUAGGCAAUAGAGCCUGUUUGAAAGAUGGGGUUAAUUAUGUACCCCACCAAGCACCCCCAAAACACACUUCUUUCUCAAGAAUGGGAGAAGAAUCAGUCUUCUCAUUAGCUCAGUUAUUUUUUAUGAUGUCCUUGAAUGAUCUUUAGAUUUCUCCUAUUUGUUCAACAAAAGCAAAACAUAGUUCUAAGAUUUUUUUUUUCGUUUAUAUUUUCAAUAAUGGAAUACGAUACCAAAGAAAAAGUGUAAGCAAAAUCUUGUUUUCAUCUUUGUUUGGCACUUAGUGUAGUUAGGUAAUGAAGCUGAACCACUGGCAGUGCUGAUCCAAAAUGGUCAGCAGAGACUAUGGUAAGUUUUAGUUUUAUUUUUCUAAAAGUAAUUUGGUACCAGGUGCCAUGGAUCAGAAGUUCACUAGUAAUGUAAUCCAAGGCUUAGACUUUCACAUCAGUUUAAAACUAUACUAUAAACUAUAAUGCAUAGUUUUGAAUAGGUGAGAGAAUGCACCAGCCAAGCACACUUUUCAAGCAAUAGUUUUUCUAGUGUUAUAUCAGGAAGGGUACACUUAUAUCUAUAGGUUUUGUUUUUUUUUUUUUGAAACUCAGUUACACUUUUCUAAUACAAAAUCCUCUGAGAAGACAGGUUGUGUAUUUCAGUGUUAUGAAACUUAUACAUAUGUACCUUUUUUUUCCUUUUUAGUAUCAGCUAAACUUAGUGUAUUUCUCAUUUUUUUAGGGGGAGGGUGACUGGAUCUGUCAUUAUUCUCUAAUGCCUUACAAAUAGUUGAUCAUACUUGGUAGUUUUUAUCUGGAUGGUUCCUGGUGUUCCUGAUAAUUCAGGUAGUCGUGUACUCUAUAAUGAAAAUAAUAAUUUUGAAGUCAAAACGAAAGUCACGUGCUGUCCUUGACUCAGAUUUCAGUUAUAUGAAGUUUGUGUUGCUCACAAAUAAAGCUGAAACCUUCAAUAAAAUGGAAGGCAGAGCCCAAAACAAAAAAGCUUAUCAGAUCUCUGCUGAGCCCAGUGGCUGGAGACAGAUGUACUUCUGACAUCACCUCCUACAGCCUUGCAUCCUGCUGGUUCCUGGGAAUGUAAAGAAUUUGUGAGUCCUCUCAUUUAGGCGACUUAAACUGUUGCAGAUUGCUGCUUCUCCUUUCAGAUACACUACCUAUUUUUGUUUCUCUGCUUUUUAUUUGCUUCUGUGUGAUUUUACCUUUGAUCAUUUCCCAAUUGCACAAAUGUUAUAGUCGGCUGUUGUGGGUUUUUUUUGUUUUUUUUUUUUGUUUGUUUAUUUUCUGUUGUUGGUUUUUUGUUGUGUUUUUUUUUUUCCUUUGUGUGUGUGUGUGAGUUUUGUUUUGUUUAAUUUUGACUAUCUCAGUGUUUCCUGAAACUUGUAAAGAUCACCUCUCUUUACUCUGUGAGCAAAUAACUUCUAAUUGGAAUGGAUAUUUAACAGGAUAUUAAAGAUGCAGACGUAACAGUGGAAUCCCCAUUGACCCAAAUCUGAUAAUUUUGUGCUUUUAAAGAAGUUUUUAUUUCUCUUGUUCAGUCAGAACAAGCUGAGCACCCUAAGUGGUAGUGUGCUGCAUCAGUUUUCUGAUGAGAAAUGCCUUCUGAGGGUUACUCUGUUUAACACAUUUUACCUCACCAGAUAAACAUGAAUAGAUCAAUUACAGAGACCAAGCCGGUACUGGCAACUUUUUAAACCAUGUUAUUUCAAAUGCUCGUUGAUGGGGGCAUUUGCAUGUUGAGUUAGGAACUUGAAAAGUUGUAAGCUCCUCUUGAGUGUGGUGAAGAUGCUUUUGAACAUGGGUGUUCUGUUGAAUGAUUUCUGGUCUCUGAGACUGUACCAUAAAUAGCUCAUAAGCUCUGUUGUACACUGGGUUCAAUCUAAAGUAUUCCGGCAACAAGGUUGUUGGAAAAAGCCAAAGACCAAAGAAUCUUUCUGUUUUUUCCACCUUAGUGCCAGUCAUGGCUUCACUUGCUUUAACUUUCUGUGGUCCAGUUCUUUGGGGCAGUUUCUGAGUGAAAGGCAAGGCUGCUUGCUGCACAGAGCUGCUCACCUGAGGGUGAGGUUAGUGACUUUAGAGAUGCAGGACUGGACUGUGAUUGUGCUGUAGACACAAGGUUGUCCUCUGUGGGAAGUUCUUGAUCUACCUACCAUCUUUCCCUUCAGACCAUUUGGAAAGAGACCUGCCCAUCUGCUGAAACGAUGAGCACAGGGACCUGACUUUGAGAGAUGAUUUCGAGUUCUGGAUGGCAGGUGAAGGUAAAGCACUCGCCUACAGCACAGGGUCCAGGCUAAGGUAGGAUUUAAGAUCAGUGUCUACACUUGAUUAGGCCUGGGUUGUUUCCAGCUUUGGCUAGGCACUCUGGAUUGUCCUUCUGAGACCUACCUCUUCCCACUGCCUAGGUUAGGAGCCCAUCUAUCUACUGCAGGGCUCUGGCUUCUGCUUUGGGGGCCAGUCUGCUAUUGUCUAGGAGCUUCUAUCAGAGCCUUUUAUUUUAUCUGGUGUUCGGAUCAGCGUCAACAAGGUGGGAUUUCAAGGAGCUGCAGCAUCCAGAGACAGUAGCUGUUCUGGGGCAAAAUAUUUCCUCAGCCUUUUCAUCAGAUUUAUGUUUCUUUAUUUUUAACUGCUGAACAUGGCCAGUAAUACUCUGUGCUGUGUCCAGCUCAAACUUGACAUCUGCCGAACACUGUCUGAAUGAUCUUGUGUAAAUCCUUGUCCAUUGCUGCCUCCACUGCAUCAGUCUUCUUGUUUUCUUUUUUAAAAUUUCAUCAGUACAGAUUAUGACUUGUAGGUGGCAACUGAGGGUGGAAACACUUAGAACAGAACUGUGACCUGCCUUUCUGUUUGAACCUGGUCUACAUGUGGAUGUUACAAAAGGAAAAAUGACUAGCUAGGUGUAAUUGUGUGAAAUUUAACUUAAUUUUAUUUUUUUAGGUACUGGGCAGUUCAGGGGAGAGCAUUUGGUAAAAUCAGGGAUGUGUUUCAAAUUUCUGCCAAAUGUCACUUUUUAGCUUGACAUUUAGAGUCCAACAUGCAGAAGUUGUGAGGCUUUUGGGAAGUGGUAUGAUAUAAAAAAUGAAGUUUUAGAAAUAAAAACAUGUAGCUUUUAUCUAAAGCAUAGGUAUUAAGUACCUUGGUGGGCAGUGAUACUUGGGCAAGAAUUUUGAUGCUAGCACUAGAGGUUAAGUAGUGUAGUGGGAAAGAGAAAUGUGUGCCUAGAUUUCAUGUCCAUCACGUUCUUUACAUCUAAUGAAAUCAGAGGUGGUGACAAAAACUUAUCAAAAGGCCUAGGGAAUAAAAACCAAAGGGACAAGGUAGCCCAGGCAAAAGGCAUGAUGCCUGAAUACCUAAACAGAUAAUAUUAACAAGGUCUAUUUAACAGUCAUUUUGUCAAAUGAACCUUUUUACAAUUCCUUUUUUUUUUUAAUCUGAAUUUUGGUUGCUGCCUGCUUGCUGAGGUGUUUGUUUGGUGUGUGUUAUUUGAUUUUUUUUGUGUGUGUGUUGUUUUUUUUCCUGACAUUCUUCAGUGAUCAUGCUCUGUCAAAAUACGUCCAUCUAAUUAUCCAUAUUUGAAUUGGGAAAUAUUUGAUUCAGAAAAUGCUAUAGAUCUUCAAUCCCCUGAUUUAUUAUUUUAUACAGCAGUGUAUCAGAACUGAUAAAAAGUUUUGUCUCUCAGUCAAACGUUUCUUAAAGAGCACAGGACUUUCCUUGAGUGGCGGUUGUGUUGGUUAUGUGAUGAAAGAAAUGCUGCUGUCUUAUUAUUAAAGUUCAUAGUUGUUUUUGUUGCCUGCUCUAGUUGUCUCAAAUGUUCUUUUACACUUUCUGUCACCAGCCUGUAUUACUCUAAGACCCUUACAAGGAAGCUUCUCUUAUUUUAAAAAGCUGCUUACACAGUUACCAUUUAGAGUCACUUAAGUUUUCCACCACAUUUACUGAUAAAGGCAUUUGACUUGUAUGAUGCCUUGAAAAUCUAGCACUUUCCUUCUUUUCCAAGGCAGAGUCCUUUACUGUAUUUUUUGACACUGAAUGUUAAUCUCCUUCAAACUAGUUUUACUGAAAUGUUCAUUAUUAUCAUCUUUUUUCUCCCACUCUGAUAAACCCAUUUUCUGUUCCCACUUUGUCAGACUAGACUUCUUCCCUUCUUUUAGGCAGUGUUAUUUUCUGCUGGCGUAUUAGUCGAAGGGCAUUAGCUUUGACUUUGGGGCAUUCACAAAGUCUGUCUUUGGUCUAGUGGGAGUACUGACUGUGUUUCCUCCCUGGCUAAUGGAAAACAAUUGGGGUUUCUAGGGCAAUUCUGGGUUUCCAAGUUAGGCUUUUUUUUUCUCCUGAAUUGACCUCCAGAGAAAGCCACAGCUUUUGGAGAUGGUGCCAGCUGAAGUGUCCCUUCUGCUGCUGUUGCAGCGCUGCAAGUGGAGGGCAAAGGUUCCUUUCUGAUUCCUACAGCUGUAGCAAGGCUGGUGCUGAUGGCCACUGGUGGGGAACUAGGUGUCCAUACCCAUGGUAGCUGGAUGUGUCUGGAGGGGAGAAAUAAGAUGAAUGGUUGAGAAUUACACCUUUUUGUUAGGUUAUAGGGCCUGGGUGUUUAUACUGCCUUAAACUGUGUGCACUUGAUACAAAAUAUACCCUACAAGCAUUUCAGUACUUGUGUUGUGUUUCUGGUUUUAGUGACUGCUGGAUAUUAGAGAAUCCAAAUAGUUUAGCUGGGAUUUUCUCAGGGUGCCUCACAUAUAACUGGACUGCAAACAGUUAGUGGCUAGUGUCGUUGGCUUCAUAAUAUGGAAAUGACUUUUUAUCAUAGUUGUAAAAAAAUUGUCCUGUUUUGCCAUGUAGAAAACUUUAUUUCUAUCAUACCUGAAUCAAACAGACUUCUGAAGCUGGUAGGUGGCUAAAAUAUUAUGUGGUGCUCUUACCAACCAGUCACUGAAUUGAUUUUUAACUUAAGAAAUUUAGUUCUUGUAGUGUGUCUCCAUCUUUGUUCUUGUUCUGGAAAAAGCUGAGACUUCUGUGGAACCAAGGCUGCCUUGGAGACCGCAGAGGCCUCCUCCUUAUCCCUGUGUGUGGGGUUGCGCAACGUCUGCUUCCAGGCUGUUAUUAAAUCAAUAAUGAUUGUUUGCUGCUAUGGAUAUACAUGAUGCUUCACAAUGCAUAGGUUUGGAGACCUAAAGAAAAAAAUGGUGUCUCUGCUUUGAAAUGCAUUUUUUAGAAUAAAAAAGAUACUACAGAAGAGAUGAAGCCUUUGCUGUUUGCUGUUUUUCUUUCUCUUAAGUCAUUAUUUUCUCUUUCCCAUUAUAUUAGUGUAUUAGUCUAACUAAUCUCAUUCAGAAGGUUUACUUCAAAUGUAUAUACUUGUGUAUUUUAAAGACAAAUGCCAAACUCAUAUUUGUAAGAAUGUAAUAUUUCUGUUAUUUGUAUCUCUUGUAAUUACUGUAGAAAUUACUGUUAAAACUUGAACGAUAGAUUAACAUCAUUGCAUUUCUCUUUUUUUAAUGUGAGUGGAUUUACUAUUUGCAGUUCUUGACCUUGCUAUUAAUCUACAGAUUUUUUUUUUCCAUAUUUCUACAUGUGUUUUCAUUUUCUAUGUUAAUUUUUCUGCAUAUAUUGAAAGGGGAUUGAGGGUGGCAGAAGUACACAAAGAUGUGCAGAGAAGCAUGGCCUUGUGAGGCAUAUAAUUAAAUUGUUUAUUUGAUGUUAAUAAUUUGCUUAAUACUAUACCUAAAGUCUAAGUUUGGAAGAAGAAUGUGGGGAAUUCUUUUAGACAGUGACACAAGAGUAGGAAAGAAUGUUAACAGACAGUGAUUAAUUACUUCAUUGCAAAAGGGGAGCUUUUUGUAUCUCAGUUUGAAAUGAGUUGCCAUAUGUUGAGAAGGCAGAGACUGGCAGAAGACUUUCCUGUCUUACUAAGCUGUCAGAUCAGGAAAUAACUAAAUUUACCAUGGGGAGUUUACCUAACUAACCACAACCUUUUACUAAUAUGUUCACUUUGUCCUCACAUACAAAUUUUGAAAUAAAAGUGCCAGUACUCAUGUGUCACUGAUGGGAAGUAAAAGGCAAUAUUUUGGUCAUAAUUGGUAGGAGGCGAGACUGACAUUCACAUGCGUUUUCCCCAAUUACAGAAUGAGCACAAAAUAUUUCAUAGAAAUUCGAUAAUUUCUUAAAAUUUCUGUCAUGCUUACCUGGCAUUUGGAAAUGCUUGGGCUUUUUGCUCUCAUAAUGCUUAGUCUUUAAAAGUGGUUUUCUUUAAAUAGAAAAUGAGUUAUUUGUUUAAAAUGGUAAAUAUUUUCUUUAGAUUUCAGUCCUCAGCUUUAGCAUAGCCCUGAGAAUCUAACAAGAUUCAAGGCCACAAAGAUCCUUAUGCUAUUUUUUAAAACCUACUGGCAUGCCAAAGGACGCAGACAGCAAUGUGCUCAGUGAUGAUUCUGCUGUGCUCAAUAUCUUGCAAAAACGUAAGAGGAUGACACAGAAUCUAUGGCUUGGCCUGGUGCUUUGUUCGAACAUAUUAUUCUCAUUGCUAAUUUAUAGACUUAUCCUUAAGUUCCACUUGAAGACACUUCAUUUUUAUUCUUUAAAUCACUUGGGGCUUUUUGUAUUUCUUCUUCAUUUUUAACACCUCCUGCAUUAUGGUUCAGAUGUCUGUUUAUUGUAGAAUUCAUCUCACCAUACGUAGAAAAAGCAAGAUUGGCAAGCCUGUUUCUGUUAGGUGUCUAGGGAUUGCCCAAAGCCUUUUUUGCCGUAACACUGUCUGCAAGGCACACAUUAAGUGCUUUCUUCAGUAAUCUAACACCUCCAUGGAAGUAGCCGCUGUCCAGGUUAUGGUCUCAAGUUUCAGAGAUGCACCAGCUUUCUGUGUUCUUAGGAGUAUGACCUUGCAUUUGCAUUACAGCUUACCUUCACUGUGUGUUAUUUGUGUAUGCAGCUGGAAAUGUGGGGAAGCACUAGGCCUGAUUGGAGAUAAGUAUGCUUAUAUAUCUGAGUAUCUGAGUCUUACAGCACUCCUUUAGAACUGAUUCUACUGUAUGAGCCUUAAGAGUAAAAAAACAGUUCUAAACUGUGUCUUCUCUAAACCCUUGAAUGUUGUAAUUAUUUAAAAACUAGUCACCUACAUGUAUGCUUACUCACACUUAAUAUUGUGCUUUGCAGUUAAGUUGAACUGUACUUUCCUCUUACACAGGGAAAAGACUAUAAAAUUUUACUUUUUAUUUCUACAAACUCAAGGAGCUCUUGGGAAUUCCCCUGUUCACACCUUGCCCCUUUGCAAUCUGUUUCCAUCUUUCUGUUAAGUUAGAUUAUUAUUAUUUUCUUUUCUAAACUAGAGGACACCCAUACUGGCUGUUGUCAUUUUCUUCCUUCUGUGACCUUGACCACCCACAGUUACAUGGCUGGGGUGCCUUUGUUAGACGGUACAGGUUCUAGCCUGACUGCUUGACUGCAAAAGCAGGUUUAUCUGGAGACUGUGAAGGGAUGAGAGCUGCUGCGCUUGGCAUUUAGGCCCCAUUUUGCCUGAUGACUUGCUGUUGUCUGUCUCCUGACUGGGGGGGGGUGAGAGUUAAAAUGCCUGUUUGACAUUUCAUGCCUUCUGUUCAUAUCUGGUAUAUAACUUAUGUUUUGGGAUGCUGCCUUAUGAAGUGACUCCAUGGUGUACAACACCUUGGGCUAAGCCAAGGUUAUGUUCUGUAUUUAUAGAACCACUUUCUGGAGCAUUUCAAAACCUUCUCAGGGCUGCUUACAGGUCAGAUAACUCUAUUCUAAUGUUCUGGUUUAUUGAAAUGACUUUAGAAAUGUAAUGUCAUCUUAAAUUAAAGCAGGCAUUCAUCUCUUCCACAGGUCCUUCACCUCCUGGUUGAUCUUGGCAGAUCUUUCUACCCAUGUCUGAUAGUCUGUAACUAAUCUCGGGCAGACUAAACCAGGCCUUCCAAAGCUUCACCUCUUGUAUAAGUAGUCUAAUAUGUUCCCCUGUCUCUGUGUCAUGGAUGAUGGCAAUGGUAGGUGAAUAGCUACCAGUGCCUCUUAACUGUGCAAUGUCCUAGAAGUCCUAGCAGAGCAGCCUGACAAACUUGGGAGGAGAUGCAAAGAGCAUUUCUACCCUUAUGUCGUGAUAGGAGAUGUUGCCUUUUGCAUGAAUAGUUUUGGAACUGUUGAUCUGUUUCAGACAACUGACAAGUCAGGGUCAUUACAAAGCUGUCCAGCUCCCCCUGCACAUGUGCUUUUUGUCGACUUAAACCCUUUUUUAACCUCUUAUGUUUUGAAAUAAUGAUCAGCUUUGUCAGUCAAUAAGUAUUCCUGGUGUGUGGUGAAUCCCCAUAACAAGUUACACUCCUAUAAACAGGACUGUAGAGCUUCAGCCUUAAGAUAUUUUUUAUACAAAAACAUAUUCUGUAUUCCUGUCUAGUAUAAACUAGACUAGGGCUGUUUAACUGCUGAAGUCUAUAUGUGGCUUGACAGGACUGUCUGUGUAAUCCUCUUUCCCAAAGGCUUCUUCAAUCUAGACCAUGGAUUUGGAGACAGCAGCCCGUUACUGCCACUGUUUUCCCUGCAGCCUCUCUGUUGUCACUCUACAUAUUGUUCCACAGGAGACACUAUGCCUGCAUAUGUGUUGUCACAACUGGCAUAAAACACAACUUGUGUGGGUCCCUUCCUUGUCUAUGUGUGAGUUGUUGCUGGGGAUAACUGAGGCUGCUUAUAAACAGUGUGAAUUUUCUAAGCAAUAAUGACCCAUUCCUUGCAGUCAUCUCUUCUUUCCAGAGGGCAGAUGAGGAUUCAAACUGUGGUGUGAAUCUGCUUCUUGGCCUUUUGACUAAGAUCAAGUCUAGUGUAGUAUGUUCAGGAAGUCUGCCUCAAGGCAGCAUCCAGGAUUUGCACAAACUGUGUUGUGCUCAUGUGAGUUUGUGCUGCUAAGAUGUUCAGAGCCCACACAUGCAAAUGAAAGGUGAUGAUGUUGGGGUCUCACAAGAUGUACACGAGGUUGGGGCAGGAGGCAUAGUGUCAUGAUGUUUGGUACUGCUAUGCCAUUUCACGUCUUUGAGUGUGGAGCAGAGUUUUGAGAGGCUGGUGGUAUUGUCUGUUCUCCUCAGCUGGUCCAGGUUGUCAGGUGGCCAUGAACACCAGUUCUUGAGGAAAUGUUAGAAACUGGAGAAUCAAAUUAUGAUGGGAAUACUGGAACUCCAUUACUGUCCCUCUAGGCUAUCAAAUUGCUUACCCUAGAAAACCAUUUUUUGGGUGGGUGGGGGAAUUCAGAAACCACUCACACCCUGCAUUUGUGCUUUUUUUCUUUUUUUUUUCCCUCCUUUGGAGAAAAGGAGCAGAGUUACUAAGCAAGAAACUGACAUCCUCAUUGGGUGCUGGGAAGGGACAAAAACAAAUGCACAGCAGCUGUCCCUUGUGCUUGGCGUGUUCAGGUGAAAUGGACCAGAGUGACAUAAAACAAGGCAGAAGGUCUUCUCUGGUGUGGCUUGGGACUGCAAUAUAAUGUCAUGGUAUAGUGGAUCUUCCUCUUUUAUGGUAUAGUUUAUUGGUGUCUAUGCAGAAGACUGGGUCACAUGCAAAUGAAAAGGAGCAGUUAUGUUUCUCCACAACCAAAGGACAUGUGGAUUGCCUAGCUGUAGGUAAACUCAAUUUCUAGAGAAGAGGGUAGCAGGAAGAGAUAAUAAUGAACUAUGGAGUGAGAUGUCAACUGGUAAUAUCAUACAUCUGGUAAAAACAGGUGCAGGAGAUUCCUAAAUCAUCUGGGUGAUAACUUCUUGGUACAGGUACUAAGGGAACCAACCAGAAAAGGUGCCUUCCUAGAUUUGCUGCUCACUAACAGUGAGGGUCUUGCAGGCAAAGUGGUGAUUGGUGGCUGUCUCAGCCAGGUUCAAAAUCUAUGCUAACAGGAGGAAAACUGCCAGCAAGACCUCAGCUCUGGAUAUGAGGAGAGCAAAUUUCAGGUUGCUCAGAGAACUACUUAUUUAGGCUCCCUGGGAAAUAGCUGAGGGAAGUGCUGAGGUCCAUCAGUGCUGGUCACUUUUUAAGUACCACCUCCUUUGCUUUUAAGCACAGGAACAGGCAGUUCCAAAAUGUUCAAAGUCAAGCAGGUGAGGCAGAAAGCUGGCUUGGAUGGGUAGGGAUCUUCUUCUUGAACUACGUCAAAAAAAGUAUUAGCAUACGGUCAGUUGAAGCAAUUUAAAGUGUCAUAGGAGGACUAGAGAGAUGCAGCUCACCACUGUAGGGAGGAAGUUUGUGUGGCCAAAGAUCAAUUAGAGUUGAAGCUGGACAGUACUGUGAGAGAUAAUAAAAAGGGCUUUUUAAAAUAUAUUAAUGGCAAAAGGCAAACCAGAAAUAACAUUGGCCCACUACUUGGUGAGGAUGGUCACCACAUAAACAGGGACAUAGACAAAACAAAUGCUUUCUUUACCUUGGUCUUCAACACUGAAGAUGGGCUUUGGGACCCCCAUAGCCCUGGGCUAGAGAACCAUGGCUGUGAGAAUGAUAAACUCCCAAUCAAUCCCAAACUUGUGUGGGAUUUGCUGCUCCAGCUAGACCCCUGUAAGUUGAUGGGGCCUGAUGAGAUUCAUCCAAGGGUACUUAAAGCGAUGGCUAAUGUCAUAGCAAAACGUGUCUCUGAUUUUUCAAUGCUUCUGGAAUCUGGAAAGGUCCCAGUUGACUGGGAGCUGGCAAAUGUUGUCCCAAUCUUCAAGAAGAGUAACAAGGAGAAGGGUUUAGAGGGGAAGCCAUAUGAGGAGUGGCUAAAGUCACUGGGUUUGUUCAGACUGGAGGAGGCUGAGGGGAGAUCUCAUGACGGCCACAGCUUCCUCACAAGGGGAAAAGGAGGGGCAGGUGCUGAGCUCUUCUCUCUGGUGACCAGUGACAGAACCCAAGGGAAUGUCAGGAAGAUGUGUCAGGGGAGGUUUAGGUUGGACAUGAGGAAAAAAGGCUCCCCAGGGAGAUGUCACGGCCCCAAGCCUGACAGUGUUCAAGAAGAGACUGGACAAUGCCCUCAGACACAUGGUGUGGACUGUGGGGUUGUCCUGUGCAGGGAUAGGAGUUGGACUCAAUGAUCCUUGUGGGUCCCUUCCAACUCAGAACAUUCUGUGAUCAACUCUUGCAAUGUUAAAUUGACUUCAAAAUAAAAGAUGUGCUAGAAUUGAGUUAUGUUACUUUGAGGUUUUGAGUGUUAAGUAUGUAGCAUACUAGAACUCAAAACUAAAAAUGGAGUGAGGGUGUGAUAGCUCAGACAUGGUUGUGACAGGUGAGGUCUGUCUACAGACUAUUCAGGCCUCUGAAUGCAGAAAACCAGUUGAAGAGUGUUGAAUGGGUUGCUACAGGUAAAAUUCUGUAUACUUACUUAUUUAAAAAUAGCUAACAUGUUGAUAUUUUUCUAGAAAAAUGAAGUGUUUGUUUCAGAGCUAAAUGUUUACAUUCAUAGAAGGGGAGAAUCAUACUUGUAUACAUUAUGAAAAAUAGGGGAACAAUGUAGAUCUGGACUGCUAUUCCCAAUAGAUGUUUUGUUUUGUUUUUUUUUUUUUUUUUUUUGUGUUCCCUAGUACAUGCUAAAAAUAUGUUCAAUAUCUUAACAUCUGCAUUGUUAUGAAAAAUGGCAUGUCUUUGUUUUGGUUUCAGCUGUGUCUUUCUUGCAUUACAUUUUGUUCCAUGUGCUCUCUUCAGUUGGGAUGUGAAGUCAUUUUCUUUUGUCAGCUGCAGACCUAAUUGCCCUGAGUCCAGGACUGUACUGUGCAGUACUUGAAUAAGUUAUUUCUUUUGUUCUGCCUCAAAAAAACCCCAAUCUUUAUGGUGGGGAAUAUGGAGUUAUUUAAUUGUGAAAUAUCUUCUGUUUGGCAGAGAGGGGCAGUAAAUAGGGUAAAAAUAAAGGGAACUAAGCCUCUUUAAAUGUAGAAAAAUGGAAAUUGAAGAAAGACUGAGUAUGUGGGUGUAUUUUGCAUACUACUGUGUCUUAGCAUCUCUAAUCCUAAGUGCACCAGCAUGUCCCAUUGAUUUCAAGUGGAGGAUGGAAUGCACAUGAGGUAGACCCUCUCCUGGUUAUACAUGCCCUUAGAAGGCUCCUGAGCACUGUGCAGCAGGGGAAGAUGAGCGAGUGAAGGUUGGUUGCAGUUCUGAUUCACGUGUAAAACAGAAGAAGAAAACCAGCCAAGAAAUAGGACCGGACUUGCUGGAAACAUAAGAGAAGGAAACACCAAGGCAAUUUGGUAAUGACGACAACAUGGCAGUAGGUGAGGGACAGCCAUGGGGAAAGUCAUUAGCUGUUGGAUGCUGCUGGUUCCCAGCACACUAUGUGGAACACAAGAUUCCUGGGUUCUUCUUUCUCUCCUGCUCUGGGGCACUGCCAGAGCUGAUACCCACACACUGAUUUUUGGUUUCUUGAUUGACUCAAGCAACAAAGCUGAGUGUUAAUGUUCUAAUGCUUUCUCUCAGGUGUGCAGUUGUCAAUAGGUUGCCACAAAAAGGAAUCAAAGAGGAAUUUGACUGCCUGGGUUGUUGUUUUUUUGUUUUUUUUUUUUUUUUUUUUUUUUCCUAAAGUUGAAGAAACUCUACAUGUACAGAAUGCACUUUAAAAGGCAUGUUAAGGGGGCAAAGCCAGGCAUCCAAAUGAAAUGAAAUUGAGGUUGCGUGUGUUUCUUUAGUUCUGCAUUCUUGGAUGUAUGAGUUGGUGCAAAAUCUUCUAAUGAAUGGUAAGUAUUGUGAUUUUUUUUUUUUCCAGAAGAGACAUACCUGUGACAAAAUGAUAGUGUUUAUGGGAUGAGUUGGGAAUAUGUAGUAGAUGAGGUGAUCACAGAUAUUCAUGAGAUGGUUUGCUUGUACAAAGCUAUAGCAGACACUUGGCUGCCAUUGGCAGCCUCCUCAUCGCAGGGGCUCCUGCCAGAUGCUCAACCUGCAGCUCAACUCUUCUGGUCAACAGCACCUGUGGCAACAACAACUUCUGGGGCUUACCUAUGUUUAGUGCCCUCCCUUAGUAGAUCCCUAGAGGUGUAGGAGGUUUCCUUCUUUUGUGCACUUGCAGUGAGCCAGCAGUGUGACAGCAGGUCCUGGCUUCCUACAAGCUUCCCGUGUGCUUUAAAGGAGGUGCUGGCCUGUGUGGGCAGCCUUCAUUUAUCAUUUUGAAGUAGCCAGCAUCCUGCUAAUGGUGCAUGUGGUAUACUUUGGGAACAUAUCAUCUCUGAAUUUCUUCUUGUCACAAGAGCAGGAAAGUGUAAGUGAUAUAGGGCAUUGGACAAGGACAGAGGAGGAUCUCAUGGCUAAGACAUCAGAUGGUAUGAGAGUGUGCUGAAUUCUGGCACUGCUGCCUGUGCUACAGAGUUCCUGUGUGAAGCUGUCAUUUUGGGGCCAACUGCUCAAAUUCUAGUGCAUGUCUUGUUUUCUGGAUUUCUAAAUCAACUGCAGGAGAUGCGUGGUCACUCAAAGCCAAUUUUAGAUGACUUGAUGUGAGGAAUGCAAUAAAAGGCACAACCUCAAGUAAGGAAUGAUAGGCAGUGAGACUUAACUACUGAAUAUGUUAUGUGAUACUGGAAGAAUUGGACAGCCUGGGGCCUGGAAUGGUCUAGUUUCAGGCCAAACACAGGUUACUGAGAUUCCGCCCCCCCCCGCCCAAUCACUUGCCUCCCCCCCAAUUUUUAUAUUCCUCAGAGUGCGAUGUGCUUAAAUAGAAAUGAUUGAAACCAAAAAGGCAAUAGAUGUGUCACUUAAUCUAUAGCUCUUUUCUAUAUUAAGUUAGUUUUAAAUAGCAUUAAAGGCUCAGUUUAGCAAAGCACUUCAGUAAGGCAUCUAACUGCAUAUUUGAAUUGAGGCCAGGAUUGAUAAACUUGGAUACUGUGUCAUAAUACAUUCUAAUAGGAACACUGCAUCCACAAUGGUUAAUGUGUACAUCCCAAACAGGGCUGUAUCUUCCUUCUGCUGAGGUUCGGGGUUGGAAGUUUCAAAGCUGGUUUAUUUGUGGGUUUGGUUCACAUGUUUCUAGUAAGAAUGGGAUACAAAGGAAUUUUUUUUUGACAUAAUAGAUUUAUAAGCAACGAAUAAUGACUGAUUUUCCUAAAUACCUGCUGUCCAUCGCAGAGGUCACUCUCAUUUUGAUUCCUUUAGCACUACUUUAUUUUUUGCAGUGAUUAUUGAAUCAUUUGCUGCCCCUGUACAAGAUUUAUUAAUAGUUACAGCAGAUUUUCUGAAAGAGCGUUCUGAGUCUUCAGCAAACUGGAAAGGAAAAAAACAUUGUUUAAGUAAAGUAGCAUUAAACCAAUACUGAUUCUCAGUUUAUGGGGCAGCAUUUAAAUUGUGCCUGAAAGCUCACUGUGAUGAGGCCUUUACAAUUACAACUAAAAGAGUAUUUGCUAGUUUUAAAAAAUGCAAAAAGAUGAAAGCUAAGACUUUCAUAGCUUCCAAAAGAUAGACCUCUGGGCAGUUGUCCUCUUGAAAGAAGAGAUAAAUAUUAAAGGCCUCUAAAAGACAUUAAUGAAGAACAAGACAGGGAAAAUCCAUGCAAGGGAUAAAGAGUGUAACUAAGGACAUAUCUAUAAAAAAGGCACAAGAUGUAUCUAAAAUAUUAACAACAUUUUUGAAGUCUUACUAAAGUCAUGUCAAACUGAACUAUCAUAAACAGAAACCAAAUUAGAAGAAACAUUGUUUUCACCUGACUUUCCAGUGGAAAAAUGCUGACUUAUUUUUUUCAAUUCCUGCAAAAUUUUCAGAGUUAUUUCUUGUGGCUGGGUGAAGAGCACCUUGGCCAGAAGUUAUUAUUUAAAAAUACUGUAAAUCCUUCAUAAAGGUAUAGGAAGUAAGUGUAUUUCCCUUAGCUUUGUGGAUUGAGUUAUCAUUUCAAAAUUUAAAAUUGGUGUCAGUGACUCUAUUCUCUUUAAGUCUCUCUGUAAAUCAAAUGAAGAGUGAACAAAAUGCCACACGUUUCUUAAUGAGGAUCACAGAAUCACAGAAUCGACUGGGUUGGAAAAGACCUCAGAGAUCAUCGAGUCCAACCCUUGGUCCAACUCUAGUCCGUUUACUAGAUCAGGGCACUAAGUGCCAUGUCCAAUCUCAGUUUAAAAACCUCCAGGGACGGCGAGUCCACCACCUCCCUGGGCAGGCCAUUCCAACGCCUGACCACUCUCUCUGUAAAGAAUUUCUUUCUAAUAUCCAGCCUAAAUUUCCCCUGGUAGAGUUUAAGCCCAUGCCCCCUUGUCCUAUUGCUAACUGCCUGGGAAAAGGGACCAAUCCCCACCUGUCUAUAACUUCCCUUCAGGUAGUUAUAGAGAGUGAUGAGGUCACCUCUAAGCCUUCUCUUCUCUAGACUAAACAACCCCAGCUCCCUCAGCCUCUCCCCAUAGGUCUUUUGUUCAAGUCCCUUCACCAGUCGUGUUGCCCUUCUCUGGACCUGCUCCAGCACUUCAAUGGUGACUUCUAGAAAAUAGUGUCUUUAGGAUAUGAGAAAAUGUAAUCGAACUGUGUUCAUUCAAAAAAAUAGCUUUUUAUAGCAAGGAAGAGUAUGUUUGAUUAUUUUAGAAUAAAAUGUGGUUGCAUUUGUUGUUAGUAGGCCGAUUAAGUUGAUACACUCAGAAAAUCCUUGAUGUGAUAAAAUGGCAUUUCCCACUGUUUCCUCUUAAAACUAAACAUAGUAAUGUUUGCUUUUGUGAUGCAUUUGAUGAACAUAUUAAAAAAAAAAGAUAUUAUUUGAAUUAGAAAUUAAUAAAUCUUUUACAUUAUUUGAUUAUGGAAAAAAAGGAAGUUGUCUCUUUUUUCACUUACAGUUUGGUUUUGCAGUGGUUAUUGGAUCGUUCAAGGAUUCUGUCUGGAAAUCCUCCCACAAAUAAAGCAUAACAGCCAAUAAAGUAAAGUAGUAUUUUACUGUACAGUGGUAGGGCACUUUUCUACUCUGCUAGUUAUAACAGUCUUAAUUUUGAGGCUCUCUGGGGAUGAAAUUACAGUUUCUUUUGUGUACUCCUGUUAAUCUUUUAGUGAUCAUAGCUAAAUAAUGGGAAACACUAAUUUCAAAUGUUUAUCUUUUUUUAAAGCAACCUAAGUAAAUUUUAUGAAGAUUACUUGUAAAUUUAUGUCUCUGCUAGCAAAGUACCAAAACAGCACAGUGUAACUUUCUUUUGUCUUUUUUGUAGAUGUUAUCAUAAAAGUAAUUAUAUAACUUUUUCCUUUUGUUUUCCAAAUCUAGACUUUUGUUUUAUUUUCUGUAUACAUACAGACCUAACUCCUUUUUUAAGAAAAUAAAACAAAAACCAAGCAAACAAAACCAGGCAACAGUGAUACAAAGAUUUAUUUUAUUAUUUUAUUAUUUUAUUUUUUCAUCAGGAAUGUGAUCCUGUAUUGCCAUAUUGGUCCAUCUGGCUAGAGUAUAUUCCUCUAGUGUGUUGCCCCAACUGGCUCAUAGUUCUGGAGGAAUCACAUAUGCAUGGAUAGGUGAUGCAUCCAUAAAUUAGAGUAUGCUUCAACCCCACAACAUUUAAAACAGUGUGGAAGAGUAAUCUCUUGUCUUCCCUCUCCUUCCUGGAGUAAUCAACCUAUAAAAAUUAUUUUUUACCAUUGUUUUCUUUUGUAGCAUUUCUGACUCAAAAAAUAAAAAACAACUAGGGAGCUGAUAUUUGCUUAGUGAGUAAACUUUCAUUUUUAUUUUCCCCAGCUCUUGAAAAUGUAUUAGGAUAUUUGCAUAUUUGUUUGAUACAUAUAUCUGAUAUGUUUUUUAUAUAUGUGUGUGUGUUUAUGUAUAUAUUAAAAAAAAAAAUGGAGUGUGUGUAUACAUGUAUGAUACCUAUCCAAUUUCCUCUGGUUGUUUCUAUUAUCAUGACUGAGACAAAAUGGUUUUUCUUCAAUGGUAAUAUCUCUCUGUAGGUGAUUUGUAAAUGUAGCUGUCCUGUGUAUCUAAUUCCUCUUCUGGAACUACUCCUAGAGAGAACAUAUUAAGGGACUAUCAGUGAACAAAUAAAGAGUGGGGAUAAAAGUUUGACACGGAAGUCAUUAGCAAAAGCCCUAUUGACUCUAUUGGGGUGAGAAUGUGUGGGGAGAGGAUGCACAGUAAUAUAUGGUCAUAUUAAAUCACUGUUGCCCCCAAAUGUCCUUUGUGCUGCUUCACCAUGAUUCACUGACUGUACCCUACUAUUCAGCUUAUGAAAAAUAAUUCAAUUAGUAGCAAAAUUCACAUAAAUCUCAAAGUAUACUAAUGCUUUUGCUGUGAUUAUUAUUCAGCAAGUUAAAACACUAUUAAAUGUUCAACACAAUCAACCUCUGUUAGUUUUAAGUGUUUAUUUUUUAGGAUCUUGUUCCGUCAUGUGCUAUUACUUUUUUGGAAAAGAAAAAACAUUGCAGUUAUAGAUUCUACAGUAAAGUAGCAAUUGAGAAAAGUAUUGAUAGUCAGCUCAGACUUGAGAAACUUAAUGGCAUUACAUGAUGAAGAGUAGUGAAGUAUUGUAAGGAAUCUGGGGCUGUUUGACUUGGACUUGCUGUACUUCUGGUACAAGUAACUCCUUCUACAAAUAACUAUGCAUGUAAAUCAUGCUACUGUUGCUGCUUACGUGUGUAGCAUUAACAAGUUACACACAGAAUCAUAGAAUUGUUUUGGUUGGAAGAGACCCUCAAGAUCAUUGACUCCAACCAUAACCCACCUGUAGCAUUAAGCCAUGUCCCUAAGAACCUCAUCUACACAUCUUUUAAACCACUUCAGGGAUAGUGACUCCACAACUUCGCUAGGCAGCCUGUUCCAGUGCCUGACAACUCUUUCUGUGAAGAAUUUUUUCCUAAUAUCCAAUCUAAACCUGACUAAGAUCAGGUCUCUGUAGCAUAGUCAUCGAAUCCUUUGGUGUGUACUUUGACUUCUAUGAGCUGUGGCAGUGCUUAAUGUCAAAAUUGAAGCAUACAACUUGGGUCUUACAGAAUCGGUGCUGUGUUUCUAAACCUAAAGUUUAACUGGUCGAGCACAGAAGAUAUAGCUGGUGUGCUUCUACAUGACCUCUGUUAAAAAUGGUUUGAAGUGUGACCCCAAGGUUUUGUUGUGAGUUCAGUAAAUAGUAGAGAUGUUACGAAGCUGCUGGUUGCUUUUUAACUAAGGAGAGAUUGAUGCAUUGCUCUGUAGAAAAUUAUAAAACUAGAAGAUAGCAUCUAGAAUAUCAAUGUCUAGUAUUUAUGAUACUAGAAUAUCACACACAGUGGUGUUAUGAUUUUAAAUAUUCAGUUUAUUCAGAAGAUAGGUAUUGUUUGGAAAAUGUAAAGCUGUGUACUCAGUAGUUUACAGACACACUAGUUUUGCCAAGAGUUGCCAAGAAGUUGAUAGUUUGGACCAAGGUUUGUUGCAGUUGCUAUGUGCAAAAGCCUAGAACAAGCCAGCGGGAAAUAAUACCAGGGUGGGAAAGUAUUGCUAUGGUUACAGAGUAUUUUCUUUAAAGGAGAAGUGGAUAACACAGCAAGAAUCAUUGAAACUUACGUGAUAUUGUAUUAUACAAAAAGCAGAAAGACUGAAAGAUAAUAACUGUCUUGUGCUCUUAAUGGCAUUUUGUUACUUUCCAGCAAAGAGGGAUUUAAUUAAAGUAGGAAUAAUUUGUGAAAGCUUUGUUAGAAAAGUAUACUUAGCUUUUAUUUUUUGAAGUGGAAUGCCAGCACAAUAUCUUUCAUAUUUUGGCUCUGUCUCUUUGUUUUUAAAACAAAAAGAUUUUUUUUUCUCAAGUGGAUUAAGAGUUCUUCUAAAAAUCAAGUGUAAUUACACACAAAUAAUUCAAUACAUAUAAACUUUUAAGUCAAUUUUUCAGUACAUUAAAAACUGUAAAAUAGCUGCAUUUUUCAAAAAUACAUGUAGUUACAAAAUACAAUUAAGAUUGUAAUAAAUAAAAGCUUGCUUUAAGUGAUGCUGUAAAUCUGAACUGUAAAAUUCAUCUGAGAAACAUACUUUUUUACUUGCAGACAUCCUCUAGGAUUCAGUUGUAAACACCUCUGGCUUGAUCCUGCAAAUUGGGAAGUAAAUACAGUACGGAAGUACAGCUCAGAGAUUGCAUUUUGAUAUUUGGGAAGAUCCUUUCUUCCUCCUCGCCAUGUUUAUCAAGAGGCAUGGUGUGAAGCAUCCAUAUGGCGUGGGCUGGACUAUACUCAGCUCACCCUGCCCCACCAGCUGUUUGGAAAUGCUCUGCUGGGAAUGGUGGGGCUGGAAACCAAGGAACCCUGUGGGAGGGACAGGACAAAUUUCUGCUCUAGGACCAGGAAAAGCAAAACCAUUAAGUGGCCUUUUUUUUUUUUUUUUUUUUCCAUGGCUAAUGUGCUAGGUUUGUCUGUUGCUCUUUAAUAGCCAUGCCUCUGAAAGCAGUAUUGCUUGGCUACACUUUGAGGCCCAUUGCUGUAGUUCACUUGAGUCUGGUUGAUGGAACCAGACAUACAAGACAAAACUCCUGAGCUGCAUAACUGUCUGGAAGGUCUACACCUGACCCUAGUUAAUGUGCCAGUUUCAUUUUUCGUCAGUGCCAGGGAGCAUGGAGCAGAAUUCAUCGUGCUGGGGAGGGUACAGGAUGGCAAGAAGUGAGGACAGACAACAUCUCUGCUCACAGGACCUUGCUCCCCUUUGGAGCACAAAUCCACAACACCACAUAAAUUGUUUGUCACAUCUCUGGCUUGGGCAUGUUCUGCUGAAGGUAAGAAAGGGGAGGAUUUAAGUGAUCAGGUGAAAUACGUUCAACUAUUUAUGACUGUUUUCCAUAGUUUUAUUGCUGUUUUGCUGGUACUGUAAGGUAAGCAUUUUUAGUUUGGAGACGAGGCACUGCCUUUUACUUUACUCUUGACAAGUAUACACAGACAUGAAAAAAAAUUGCUGUAUCUAGUAGUGCAGACCCUGGCCAUUUCAACUGAGAUCAAAGAACCUCUUUAGAUAAUCUGAUAGCUUUGCCAGAUAAAUCCUGACUUCUGUGCAAUGGACACUAAGAUGCACUGUGAAGUACAAAUUGGGGAAAGAAUGGUCCUGAUAGGGACCAAAGUAUACAGGGGAUGGAGUUCAUCUGUGUAAGAACACUGAGACAAGAGCCUUGAUGAGAGAAGACCUGAGACUGGGGAGGAGCAAGGGAACUGAGAUCAACUGAGAAAAUGUAGAUUGGCCACUUGGGCAGAAAAAUAGGAUGUUUAAGGAAGAAGUCUGAAGAGGGAGACGGGAACUGGGAUGUAGAAACCUGAUGGACUCGAAACGGGGCUGAAAUGAAGAACUGGAGACAAUGGAAAAGCAUAACAGUGAUGAGAGCAAGUGGCUUGGAAGCUUAAGAGUGAAUGAAGAACAAUUCUUGUAAGGAAAAAAAGCGUCUAAAAGUAGAAGAUAUCAAGGCUGAGGAAAUGGGUCAAAAAUUGUGUGUGCCUCAGGUAGACCCAAAGAUUUCUGAGCAUGGCCUACCAUCUCUUCUUAUUUGUAAGAUGUUAUUUGUAGUUGACACACUGUCAAAAUAAGGGCUUACAUGGAAGAGAGCAUCUUACUGCUUUGGUUACUUCCUCCAUUAGCUAAAUUGUAGAAGUCUAUAGUGUGGAUCCAACCAUUCCACACUGUGGUCAGGCCACUUUCCUAUGAAAGUGUUUGUUCUUCAUUUUUUUCCCCUAGGACCUUAAAAAUAUACUGAAUAAAAAUAACCUUGUGCUAAAAAAUACCUAAAGUCAGUAUUAGUGUUGGCAAUGCUGUCUUAGCUCACUGUAAUUCUGAUUGUUUAGUCAUGACAGAGGAUCUAAUUACACAUUCAUAUAAUGCUUAUGCCAAGAGGCGGCUUCUUCCACUUACUACUUCAGGUGAGUUUGCAUGGGGAUGCAUCAAAUUUGACCCUGGAAGAUGUGUGAUGAACAAGAGAAGUUUGCAAAGAAUUACUUAAGGAACUGGGUCCUGCCCUGGGACUCUCUUUGUGUCUCUGUCAUAGAGGUCUGAGAGAUGUCUUUCACCUCUGAAAAGCUGGUUUUCCUACUCAGUUAUGCCAUUUUCAGAGCAUCUGCCUAUGUGUGAUUGUUGGCAGUGCUGAGCAGUCUUUUCUUUCAGCGAGGUCAGUGGAAGCUGUAUUUUGAAGGUCUUUGACUCCUGGCUUGAGACAACUUAGGUGUGAUUGACCUGUAGCCAAGAGCCAUUGGAAUGUCUUGCUUUGGUGAUGGCUGAGGUGGUUUUGAAGCAGUUGCUGAACCAUUGCAGUUUACAGCUCAGCUUAUAGUCUACUGGGUACCAUUUCUCUUUUCUUUUUUGCUGUAGCUUAAAUUGGAUUACCACAGUCAGUGGUACUUCAAGCUUUAUUCUUUUUACUCCUUGGUUCCUCAGGGGUGAAAUGAAGAUAAUUCUUGUUCCUUUUUUCAUAGGGAGAUGGUGCUUAUAAAUAUUAUGGAAGUAAUUUUCACAGUGUACAUACAGUGGUGAUAAGCCCAUAAAGAAAUUUGUGUACUUCUUUUGAAAGCUGGAAUUGAAUAGGAUGCAGCAGGAAAGUCUAUAGCUAGGGAGUGAAUGGCAGAGUAAAUUGAAAAUACAGUUUUGCUCAUUGACCAAACAGCUAGUGAUCUUGUGCACUGCAUGAGAUGAACCUGUACAAGAAAAAUAACCCUAGGUUUUGAACAAUAGCUGGAGACUAUCAUCACAGAAUCAUAGAAUGGUUUGGGUUGGAAGAGACUUUACAAAUCACCUAGUUCCAGCCACCCUGCCAUAGGCAGGGGCACCUUCCACUAGAUCAGGUUGUUCAAAGCCCCAUCCAAUCUGGCCUUGAACACUUUCAGGGAUGGGGCAUCCACACCUUCUCUGGGCACCCUGUUCCAGUGCCUCACUACCCUCCUGGUGCAGAAUUUAUUCCUUACAUAUAAUCUAAAUCUACCCUCUUUCUAUUUAAAGCCAUUACCUCUUGUCCUAUCACUACAUGCUCUUGUAAAAGAGCCCUCUCCAGCUUUCUUGUCGGUCCCAUUUAGGUACUGGAAAGCUGCUGUAAGGUCUCUUCUCCAAGCCGAACAACUCCAGCUAUCUCAGCCUGUCUUCUUAGGAGACGUGCUGCAGUCCUCUCAUCAUCGUCAUGGCCCUCCUCUGGACUUGCUCCAACAGGUCCCUGUCAUUCUUAUGUUUGGGGCCCCAGAGCUGAACGCAGUACUUCAGGUGGGGUCUCACGAGAGUGGAAUAGAGGGGGAGAAUCACCUCUCUCAACCUGCUGGUCAUGUUUCUUUUGAUGCGGCGCAGGAUAUAGCUGGCUUUUUGGGCUGCAAGCGCACGUUGCCAGCUUGUGUUGAGCUUCCAUCAACCAGCACCUCCAAGUCUUUCUCCAUAGGGCUGCUCUCAAUCUGUUCUCUGCCCAGCCUGUACUGGAGCUUGAGAUUGUCCUGACCCAUGUGCAGGAUCUUGCACUUGGCCUUGUUGAACUUUGUGAGGUUCACACAGGCUCACCUCUCAAGCCUGUCAUGUCAAGGUCUCUCUGGAUGGCAUCCCUUCCCUCUAGUGUGUUGGCUGCACCACACAACUUGAUGUUGUUGGUAAACUUGCUGAGGGUGCGCUCAAUCCCACUGUCCAUAUUGCCAACAAAGAUAUUAAACAGCUUCAGUCCCAAUACUGUCCUGUGAGGAACAUGACUUAUCACUGGUCUCUACUUAGACAUUGAGCCAUUGACUGCAACUCUUUGAGUGUGACCAUCCAGCCAGUUUCUUAUCUGGUGAGUGCUGCAUCUGUCAAAUCCACAUCUCUCCAAUUUAGAGAGAAGGAUGCAAUGUGCAACAGUGUCAAAUGCUUUGCACAAGUCCAGGUAGGUGGCAUCAGAUACUCUUAAGGCAUUAUUUGCCCUUAGUGUCCUUAUUUUCCGUGUGCCUUACUGCAGUUUGCAGGAGGAUCUGCUCCAUGAUCUUGCCGAGCAGAGGUGAGACUGACUGGCCUGUAGGUGCCCAGGUCUUCCUUUUUUCCCUUUUUAAAAAUUGGAGUUAUGUUUCCCCCUUUCCAGUCAGUGGGAACUUCACCAGACUGCCACAGCUUCUCAAAUAUUAUGGCUAGUGGCUUAGCAACCUCAUCUGACAGCUCCCUCUGGACCUGCAGAUGCAUGUCAUCAGGUCCCAUGGACUUGGUGUGUGCACACAUAAAGGAAGAUAGACUUUAGGCUGCACACGUGUCCUUCAGUCUGAUUCCAUCUGUGUUUUGAGGGCUCAACUUCACACUAAGAUAGCGUUUUCGUGCAUCGUAAAUUUUUAGAAAUACAAGUAUUUUACAGACCUGUAUGCCUUUAAACAUUGUUAAUAUUUCCAUAAAAAAGAUUAAGUAACUUGGAAUACUAAUUCAGUGAUAAAGUUUACCUGAUACAGCUUACUAAAAAGAGUUCUUAAAAGCUGGUCAGUGGGCCAGUCCACAUGCUCCUGCAUCUGGCUACCAACCAAAAGGACAUAUUUAGAAAGUAAUUGAGAUAAUCUCUGUAGAAAUCAUGGGUUUCACUCCUGUUGUUAGGUGCAAUGAAAGCCUAGAAUAAGCAAACCUUACAUUUGGUAGGACUGAAAACUCAUCUUACUUCUCUCUGUCCUGUUCUUCCACUAUACCCUUGCUUGGAAGCUAGCUUUUAUUCUGUUUGCCAAGGUCCCCCCCCUUUCUUUUGUUUUCCUGUGAUCCUCAAAUUUAACAGGACUUAAUUUAACUAGUGACAUGCUAUUGAAAAAGUUAGGCUUCUAGCCAUAAAACCUGUGAAUAAGGUAUUAGAAUUUUAAUUAAUACUUCACUUUAAUAGAGGAUAAGUUUUUGAAAUAACCUGUUGAAACUUUCUGCAGGGAAAAAACAUUAAUGGCAGUUUCUCAAAGACCAGAGAACUUCAAAUCUCAUAUUUUUCUAGAAAAUACAACAUUUUUUUAUAUUAUGUAACAUCCUUAACUGCUUAUUAAUUAUAGCAUUGAAUAGCUGUAACACAGCUUGGUCUACCAAGUCGAGAGACUAGGGUGCUUGAUUGCUGGUCUUCAGUCUGUGUUUAUGCUGGUAGAUUUUUGAUGUCCUGAAUAAUCCUGGUGAGAUAACACUGAACAAGAACAGUAGAUAGGGAACCCUUUAAAUCCUCUACCUUCUACUGGGAAUCAGUGAAGGACUUUUCAUUUGGGGUAUAAUCAUUGCUUGACAUUUCGUAAUAAGAUACUAGUGUGCUGAAAAUUAUGGAGCAAAUGUUUCUACAGACAAAUACAUGGCAAAUAUUCUUCCUGGUUUUGUAUACAUAGAACAAAUUCACUUGCGUAGGAACAGCCCAGGUAGGAGACAGAUAUUUUUGUCUUCCCAUUUGUGUGCGUACAUGCAGCAAAAUGAGGUUCUUCACAGGCAUGUGAAGGGAAGGAUUACUGCAGUAAGGAGGAAAUUGAUUGCAAAUUAGAGUCAACAAAUUCUUCCCUAUUGGUCCUGAUUUCUAUGUUCUCCAGACUGUUUUGUUGUUGAUUAACAGCACCGAGGACUGAGUGCUGCUUUACACACGUUUUACUCGACUUCUUGAACCAUGUGCAUGAACAGAAGUCACGUUAUCAUUUGGGUGGGUUUUGGUUGCUUGCACGUCAUUGACUAGUGCUCCUGGAGGUACUGCAUCAUGUCCCAGGCCUUUGCACGGGGCCUAUAGGUCUGGUGCAGAUCUUGAGCCCUUUGGAGGACUGGCUGCAGGAGGUUGAAGGAGACACAGCACCAGAGGCCUGGACUGAAGGAACUGAAUCGCACACAUAAUAUCUGAAGAGAAUUCAUUGUUACCUUUUUUUAACCAGUGAAGUUGUUUUGUAGCUACCUAGCCCAUUUGGCAGUAGAUUGUCUGAUAACAAGACCCGAAAGAAAACAUUUCCUAGUCUCCUUAGCUUCCCAUGCCAGUUUGACAUUUCAGAGACUGCAAUGGAAUACUACUAUUUCAUCAAACUCAAAGAGACUGCUCUAGCUGGUUCUGUUCUGUUUAAAAGUACCAUAAGAAUAUCCUACAAACAAAUACCUGAACAACUUUGCUACUUUUAAUUAUAUAAAUGUUUGACAUAUUUUUUCCUUAAGUUCUCAAUUCUAAGCCUGAAAAACUGUGGAAGUAAGAGUCAGACAAUGUCAAGGUGACAAAAAUGAACUGUCAAAAAUUUUACCUCUUCUGCUCCAGGGAAUAACUUUAGUAUUUGAUAGAGAGAGGGGAGAGAGUAAUGAGCCUGAGGGAUUCCUUGUCAACGAGGGAAGGAAAGUAAAACCUCUUUCAUACAAGUCCAGCCUGUAGCUAAAAGUAGAAAUAAUGGUGUUAAUGAAAGCAGUGUGCAGCUUUGUCAAAGCAGGCAACUUUUUAUAACUUCUUGAAAGACCUGGGCAACUAAAGGACCUGCGUGGGCAAGUACCACAUCCUGCACCUGGGGAGGAACGACCCUGUGCACCAGUACAUGCUGGGGGCUGACCAGCUGGAAAGCAGCUUUGCAGAAAAGGCCCAGGGGUCCUGGUGGACACCAAGUUGAACAUGAGCCAGCAAUGUCCUCUUGCUACAAAAAAGGCAAAAGGUAUCUCGGGCUGCAUUAGGAGGAGUGCUACCAGCAGGUGGAGGGAGUUCAUCCCCUCUACUCUGCACUGGUGAGGUCACACCUAAAUUGCUGUGUCCACUUCUGGGCUCCCUAGUAGAAGAGAGACAUGGAGCUGCCUAGAGAGUUGAGUGAAGGGCCACAAAGGUGGUGAAGGGACUGUGAGCAUCUCUCCUGGGAGCAAAGUCUGAGAAAGCUGGAGGAGUGGGGGUGAAUCUUAUCAAUGUAUAUAAAUACCUCAAGGGAGGGUGCAAAGAGGACAGAGUCAGGCUCUUUUCAGUGGUGCCCAGUGAUAGGACCAGAGGCAAUGGACACAAACUGAAACAAAAUGAGGUUCUUAUCAAGAAACACAUUUUCAGUGUUGGGGAUGACCAAGCACUGGCACAGGUUGCCCAGGGAGGUUGCAGAGUCUCUGUCCUUGGAGAUUUUCAGAAGCUAUCUGGGCAUAGUCCUGGGCAACUGGCUCUAGGUGGCCUUGUUUGGGCAGGAGGGUUGGACCAUAUGACAUCCAGAGGUCCCUUCCAACCUCAACCAUUCUGUGAUCUUGUAGUUGUGGUGAGAAACCUCCUCUACUAUAUUUCUUACAAUAAAGAAAGCGGAAAUAUCAUUCUGCUGCCCUUCACUACUGUUGUGUCUGCUUGUUUAUUUAGUCCCCAAAAUGCCCUCUGAAAGUUAUUGUUAUUUUAAUGUUUAAAAGUUAUUAUUUAAAAACCAUAGUUAAUCGUUCUACUGUCUCUCUGUGGUACUGAAAGGUUUGUGGUAAGUAUUUGUGCUGCAGUUCACAGUCUACAUUGUUCUUAUUCUUACUGAUACAAAUAAACAACAGCUAGUAUGACAAAACACCAUUGCUUUGUAGAACAUUAAGUCUACUCAAUUUAUAGACUCUUAGAAAACAAAUAUGCUUGGAGGCAAAACAAAUAUCAAAACUCUAAGCAUAUCUACGCUCCUAUCUAUACAUUUGUACAUGUUGGCUAACCAAACUGUUAGGCAAACUGUGAUCAGAUGGAUUAUUCUUGGAUAGUUAAAAAGUUCUUUUCCCUCUGAUUUCUUUAAAUUUUUCUUUUUAAUUUGAUUGUUGCCUUACCGUUACUUUGAUGUGUAUUUAUAUAUAAUUCCACUCAUUCUUACUUAGGGCGUAUUGUAGUUUCAAGACAGGCGUGUGUACUGAACAAUGUCCCAAUCUAAUAGUUACUACCAUACCAAAGUCUGCUUUGGUACAAAACUACUUCUCUCCCUAUCUAGCUUUCCUUGCCUAAGUAUCAAAAUGCUGAUUAAGCUGCCCGCACUUGGAAAUUUUUUCCUGCUCAUUAAGACUUUUUGCUACCUUUAUUUUUUUUACCUAUCUCCAAGUAGUUUCUCUUUUGACACUGUUUUUUUCUGAAAUAAUUUGGUUCUAUUUAUUCUCCAGAACACCUCUGUUUAGGUAGUGACUCAGUAGUCUGGAUACCAUGGUGGAGGUUGCUAAUUCGGUGGACAUACUCAUGCUAGUUUACAUCAACAGAAUUUUUCCUCUAUGUUGAUUCAAGACAGCUAUUUUGAAGAAGAUAGACUUUGAAAUGUUCAUAACAUUUCUUCUUUCUUUUACUGCCUUUUUAGAGUGCAUUUUUUUUAUUUUUAAGUGAACUCUCAAGCUAUCUUUGGAAGAGUUUUCUUAAGUUUUUUUUGUUUUUUCCUACUCUUUCUUCUUGCUACAAGUUAUCAAACCAUUAAUGGUCAUAUGUGCUGAAAUAGUCUAUUAGUUACAGUAAACCUGCUUGCUGUGAGUUGGGCUAUAUUAAUUAUAUCUAACAGCCAAGUGUGAGGUUUUUUUAUAUUUGUGUUAUAGUUCAGAUCUCCUCCAAGUUCCUUGGGGACUGCAAACUAAAAAUAUGUUUAAGUGUACAGAUUGUUCUAGUCACUAAAGGGCAUUUCCUUAUUCCUGUAAGGACUUGCUGUGGGAGCAGCUCUGAGUUGACUGAAGGGCAAAUUUUUGGCAGAACAAACAUCUUCCAUCUAAUACCAGCUCAGGAGAGCAUCUUUCUCUGCUAUAUGCUAUUGGAAUAAAAAAAAAAAAAAAGUUCUUUUGAGAAUUGGAAGUUUGAAACAAUCAGGUAAGUGGCUACCAAAGCUCUGCAGACAAGCUGACUGGUUUAAAAAUAAAAAGCCCAGGAGCAUCAGUAAGUUGACCAGUGACAGUGUCUGGUCUUACAAAAUUACACUGAAUUUUAUCUUUCUAUCCAUAAUGUUCUACCCUGGGGACAUGUUUUUGCAUCUCGGUAUUUACAGGCUUGCUACCACAUAAUCAGUGAACUUGUUGCAAUGAGAAUGUUGGAAUAAGAAAUGCAUUUGAGUUCAUCCCAAGAGUGCAAGACAGUAGGGCACCUAAAAGGGAUCUACAUAUGUAAAAGUGUUUAGGACAGCUUUUGCUCAGCAUUAUACAAUGCUAUCCCUUUGGCCAAAUGAGUUAGAGAUACAAUUUAUUGAAUUUUGCCGUUUUAAAAACUAGAUGUUGCUUGAAAUGAAAUUGGAGAACUCUAUUGAUGCUGGCGUUCCAAAAUUUUAAUGUCUUGAAAUGUUUGAAAAUGUAUGUUAUAAAUAAAUCUCUUGUCAUGCACAGUAUGUGCUCUUCCUGUAGCAAUGAAACACAGACGGAUGUACUUUGCUAUUCUAACCUGAAUUGUGUUAAAAAUGUUAUUCAAAACCUAAGUUCAUAAAUCAUUCUGGUGUAAAGUUUGGUUAGUGGAUCACAUUGUUUCCCUAUACCUGCAGAAAAUACCUGUGCAGCACGGUUCAUUUUAUUAGGUUAAAACUUGCAGGACUAUUGAACCUUGUGCUGUUUAUUAGUAUAAAGCAAGGAGGUUAGUCUUUUUGUUGAGCACAGGACUUGUAACCAGGGGAUGAAGCUCUGUUCUUGCCUCAGUCUCCAAACCUUCCUGUAUGACCUGGAGAAAAUAAUUUAGUCUUCUUGAGGCCUUAUGUUCUGCACUUAUGAACAGGAGAAAAGUUCUGCAAGUACAGGCUAAAAAGGCUUUUUAAUUCCUGAACGUUGUCACGAUGCUUUGGGAUCCUGAAAAGGAAGGUACCAGGUAAAGGGAAAGGACAGAUCACUACGUUCCUCCUUUUCAAGAUUCAAAGGUGCAAUUUGGAAAAGCUUCUUGAAGUUUGAAGUCCUGUUUCCCUAAUAUAUCCUGCAUCAAACAUAAACGCUUUUAUUUCUCUCUGGCUCACUUUUCAGCUUUCAUUUCUUACUCCUCAGGAGAAUCUCCUGAAACUGGUCCAUGUGUUUCUGCUAAUUACUGCUGUCUGCCAUUUUAGAAAAACGAGGAAGAAUUAAGUAGUUAGAGGAACCGGGCAAUAAAAGGGGUCGCUUUUGGACAAUUCAUGAAGUAGCUGGUGCCUUUUAAUGGUAGGGUACUCCCUCUGCUCAUGAAUUAUUCAUUUUAGUGCUUUUGUUAUAAUGGCGACAGUGUUCAGUCUCUGAGGCAGUUCUGCAUAGCCUUCCUCAGUUGAAAUAUCGCACAACAGCAGCUACCAUUUGUUUUAUAAACUAAUGCAUCUAAGUCAAUAACAUUGAGUAAAUGUAUUUUCACAAUCAAGAAAACAAGAAAAGGGCUGAAUAACAGUAUUAUAAUUAAGAGGGUCUGUUUUUGCUGAAGGUUCAGUUUGUUUACUUUUGUGGGAACUAUUCAGGGAAAUAAUUUAAAAUAAAUAUUUUUACAGAUUAUUGUGUUUAGCAUUAGAUGCAAAUUAUAUCUAUAAUGAAAACAGACAUUAGUGUCUCUGCUCUGGAUAGUAUUGUUCAAUAAAAGGCAGUUUAAAAACACUCAUUGCACAUAAACACAUCAAGCUUUUCUUAAAACCAACAUUUAAAGGUCUCUUUGAAAGGGUUUUUUAAGACGAAGCAUAACGUAUCCGCAUAACCCACACAGAAAAUGUAUCUGAGCCAUGUGCGUACAGAAAUAAAAGUUUCUUUUUGGUAUCUAGUAUCAGUCUUUCGUUAAAGCAUGGACUUUCCUAAAGAGAAAUUCCAGUGCAGGCGGUUACGGGUUCUCCCCUCACGGCCUCCCCCCCACCUCCCAACACUUUUGUGACACUGACCGAAGACCCGCAGGGUGCAUUGGGGACAGUCCCCACGCAGAGUGGGGAAUUCGGGGCUGGGGAGUCUGCAGAGAGAAGCAUGUGUUCCAGCACAGCGCGCUCCUUCUCUCUGAUGUGAUUUUAAAAGAUGUGUUUUCUCCUAAGCCAUAUAUGUACUCCUAAAAUGCCUUCGAGCUAUAGAUAAGUGUGCGUGAGGAACGUAAGCCGGGAGCAGAUAGAUGAGCAAUUAGGUCAUUUGGAUUAGGACGGAGGGAUUUUUUGCACUGAACUCUCUUCUCAUUCCUUGCUGAUCAGAUUCUCUGCAUACACGGAGGGUUGAAACUGCGUAAGUAAAGAAAACUCCAUAGAUGGAUAUAGUUGCAGAACUAUAAGGAGCAUUGAAGAAAAGUUUGAAUUGAAACUAUAUGUGGUUUCGGGGAAUCUGAAUCAUGCAGUAUUACUUUCGCUUUUUCUAGGCUUGUAUUUCCUAUGAACAAACCAUCCGGGAGAUAGAAGUUCUGAUUUAGAUAAUGUCUUGCAGUCUUUGGAACAACACAUUCUGCUGGAGGGGGAGUCCCUUCGGCAAAGGUUGUGCUCUGUGAGCAGAAAGCUUUCCCCGCUGCCCACCUUCACGUUGUUUCUGCCGGGAAUGUCAACUUUGGGCCUUUUCCUGCAAAUUUUUCUGAUAUUUAGGUGGCUGCCCCACGUAAAAUGGAAGCACCGAUAGGAACCCCUCCUUUCCUUUUUCCUGUAGCUCUGCUCAGACCAUUCUCUGUUAGCAUGGUAGUGGUACAAAGUGUGUGGUCUUUCAGCUCUGAGUAAUGCAUUUUGUGCUGUGUGACUGAAAAUGCCUCGUAGUCUGCCAGGGCUGACUGAGGGUUGUGGAAUGUGGUGCCUUUUCUCUGAUUCUCUAUGAAAUUUUUUUCCCCUCCUUUUUUUUUUUUUUUUUUUUUUUUUUUUUUUUCUUUCAGUAGAAAUGUGUAGGCAGCUUGUUGAGAAACCUCAAGAUGCAGGGGAAAUGCUUGUACGUUGUGGAAUGCGGCUUCCCCUGGGAGACCCCGGCCGGGCGGGCAGUGAAUGAGCAAAGUGGAAGAAUGAGAAAGGGAGGAGGCUGUAGGCAGGGACAGAUAGGAAAGAGUGAGAGAGGAGGAAGGAAGGAGGUGGAAACAGAGGGGCCCAUUUCCCUUUUUCUGAAGCAAUGACAGCUGGUUCUGUCCUGCCUCACAUGACAAAGUGCUUUGGAGAGGAGUAUUUAAGCUGGAUGCCAGUGAGCAAGGGUGGUCAGCUGAUUUUAUUUUAUUUCUUUUUCCAGGCUUUAGUCAGGUGAUCGCUGGUGACUAGUCAGCCCACCAAGAAGGGACUUCAGCACACAGGUAAGAGAGAAUCUGUGUACUCUGACAUGCAACUGGUGGGGACAGGGGGAGGUAAACAGUCCUAACAUUGUUUGAAUAGUUUUUAAAAAAGUGCUCCUGACUUGCUUGGGUGUGUAACACUGUGACUGUCUCUUUCAGUGCUGCUACUUUUGCUAUUCACUCUUGUUUUCACUCUUUUUUUUAAAAUCUGUCUUUAAUUAGGAGCUUUAAUGGGAAAAAAAAAAUCAAUUGUGUGUUGCUAAAUAUAGUCCUGGUUAUUGCAUGAAUGUUGCAUUCUGUUACUUUUUGAAUAAAAUAACUUUCCAUAAUGCAAGUGUGUCAAAUUCAUAUUUAGAGGGGAAUUCCCAAAUACUUAAACUAUGAGUCAUAAAAAGUUAAAGUACCAGUACAACAGUUCACGACAAAAACUCUGUUUAGCCUUGGGUAGCUGCUUUUGUAUGUGUUGGUAGUUAAAUAUGUCUUUAAAAACCCAGAGAUGUGCAAAUGCUGAAGUGUUUGUAACUCUGUUGGCCAGAACACAAAACAUACGUAGCGGAGGCUAAACAGAUGACUGGGAAGGAGAAUUGUUCAAGCGCUCUCGGUUUCAUGCAUCUUUUCUUUCAUUGUUUGUAUCUAAGAAUCUGGUGAAAGAGUCUUCUCACGUGCUGAUGGUGCUUCAAAGGGCUCUGACUCCCUAAUUCCUUUUGUACGAUGUCUUAGAAAACAAAGUUAAAACAGUCAUGCGUACAAGUACUGUAAGUGAAAAAUUACAAAAUAAAAAUACCAAGUGAGUGUGACAGGUAAUGGUGGUUUUCAGAUGGUUGUGUGUCCAGUUAUUGUGCCACCCUCCGUUCUCUUUAAAUAUAACUAUGUAAUGUGUUCAUCCUUACCCGUUACUUCUCUUUACUAAAAGAUCUCAGAUACUCUCUGAAAUUCUGAAUGACUCAUACUGAAAGAUGUGUUCAAGAGAUUUUAAGAUUAAAAAGACAGGCAAGUGUUCCCGGCUCCCACCUGUAGCUCUGAAAAAUUCCUUGUGGUCUAGGGUUGAAGAGACUUUAUUUUGAAAAGCUGUCAUACAAAUGUCCAUAUUUUACAUCUAACCUUACUCCUGACUACUAUUUUGCAGUAUUUAGAGAAAAACUAUUUAAGACAUACUUUUUCUUUUCUAUCAGUUUAUGCAGUGUUUCAUAAGAUGCUGGCGCUGUACAGAAGAGGGAUAAUGAAGCAUGACUUUCUAAUUACUUUUAAUUUUGUGAUGUUUCUCUUUUCUCAUUGUUAAAAACGUCUCUGCUCGUGACAGGCUGGCUGUGAGAUGUUGGUAUUGUCUUAUAACAACAGCCAAUGCUUAGAUGCUCAGAUGAACUUCCCUUCCAGGGAAGGAGACCCUGGAAUAGGGUAGUGGCAUAUAUGGAGGACUGUCCCUGUUGACCUCAGUGGACCUUUAUCACACACAAACCUGAGGGAACACCCACCUUUGGGUGACAGACUGGGAAGAUAAUUGCAAGAAGCAUCAAAGAGGUUGAUAGUGGUAAUAGUGUAUUUGCAAAAAGGCACAAUAGCUGGGAAGUCGUUCUUGUACUAGAUCAUGGUGCAGAGAGUGUUUUAGGUUUCAAGUAGUCUCUGAAAAUAGUUCUCUACUAAAGGAUUUUGAGACAUUUUUUUCCCUUUUUGUAAGAUGGGAGGAGAAGAGGUUUCAUGAGGUGAGGAAAGAUUAGCGAAGGGAAACCAUGUCAGGCAAUAAUGACUGGCUAGCAGAGAUCGCUCUGAAGAAAGUGAUGUGCUUGCCAUGAUGCCAUGAGGGCCAGCAACGAGGCACUUGCUCUUCAGUGCACUCUGUCUGAGAACUGGGAACUGCAUAGGCUUGGGGCUCUGCAGAAAUCAGGUAUCAAGUCUGAACGUACCCCAAGUUCCUGUAAGCCGUUCCACAUUGGCUCUGUCUUAAGCAAAGUGAUCUUUUGUGAAUGGAUGCAAAUCUUCUGACAUUUUUGUGCAGUUGUCCUUAGGGGAAUUCCUGGCAGGUGGGCUUGUCCCAGGCUCAGUGCUGUAGAAAUGCUCUCGGUGCACACAUGUAAACCACACAGUUCAUAUUCUCACACAUAGGCGCUACUGUGGCAUGAGAGGGGAUCAGACAUGUGAAACUGGAAUGGGUAAAUAUAAUACUAAUAUAAAACUACUUCAGAGAAUACUGAUUUCUUUUCUUUUUUUAAAAAAAAAUGUAGCUAAAACUGGGUAGUCAUUGUAGACUGUUCUUUCUUAUUUUCUUUUUUCUUUUUUUUUUUUAAUCUGUGGGUUUUCUUGAUUGUGAGCACUAACAUCUUUAAAUUUCUAGCAAGGCAGACUGUCUAGUUCAAAUAUGUCUCAAAGACAGGAAAUAUUUUAAUUUAAGGUAUAUUUCUGCCUUUUCAUAUGUGUUUUUAAAUAUGUUUGCAUCUGGAGAGAAGGAUUUGUUUGAAAUAUUACAUGUGCAGUUCCUAGAUUUCCACUUAUUGAUGUAAGAGCAUCUCUUUCAAAUAACUUCUGACUUGUGAUCACUUUAGGUCAUGUUUAUUUAACCUUGGCAUUGCCUAAUGAUCAUGAUUGCCUUGCAGCUAAGUAGGAAAAAAUAAAUAACUUGCCUGCAAAUGAGGAACUGAUCCUGUGUAUAUGGCAUUAUAAAGGAUAACAUCUGCAGUAUUUAAUUUUCCUUAGAGUAGUGGAAGAAGAAUUAAGAGUUCAACAGCUGUACUGAGUAAACUUUCAAGAACAUGAGCUUUUAACACCUUUAAAUAUAGAGAUACUUACUCUUGUAAAUAAAACCAGUUUAAGAAUCUUGAGAAGAAUCUUAAGAAAGAGUAGCUGAAUCACGUUGUUUUAAUGAAAUAUUUAUUUUAAGGAAGUGUUUUACUAUACAUUUUCUCAUCUCUUUUUUUUUAUUAACUUUGGAGAGUGAAGACCACAGAUUUUUAGGUUUUAUUUUUUAUUACUAGAUAAAGGACAGACCCUGCUGUUAGUCAUUUUAGUAAGAUCUCUAUACAUUUAUAUCAGGGCUUCAUUUGACACCAAGUCACCACUUAAGUAUAUAUCCCACUUCUAUUUCAGUUGGAUGGUGUUUUAGUUGUUUAAAACCAAAACUCUUUCCUAGUUAUGAGCAGAGUUACAGGCGCAGACAUCAGAAAUCUGGAGUAGGAUUUUCCAGUUCUGAGGAACGUAGACUUUUCUGGUACUAUUCAUAUGACUCUCUUAAGGCUUCGGUUGCAUACUAAAACCCCCAAAACCACGUGAAAUUUUACUAUCGCCAAGCAAAAAAUCCGUCUUGUGCCUUUAAGAUCCUCUUAGACCUAUUAUGUGAUAGAUUUUUGUGCUGGUUGAAUUUUAAAAUAGUCGGAAGGGUCUUUAUUACUGCAAACCCCGCAGCGCAAUCACCUCCUGUCCCGAACGGCCCCCGCAGCGGUCGCCCUGUGUAGGGGAGGCGCCACCUGGCGGGCGGACGGCGGUACUGCACUGACAAGGCCACGCCUCCCCAUUAGGCCCCGCCCCCUAGGUCACCCCCCGCCCCCCCGGCCAGCAACUUCCCACAGUCGGUGGCUUUACCACUGGAGACCCAUGUGCUGGGCUUCGUGCCCUUUUUUUUUUAAAUUUUUUUUUUUUUUUUAUUUAACAUUACUUUUGGGUUUUCUUCAACAUUCCUCUAGUUUCUCACUUUCAUAGAAUCACAGAAUCACAGAAUGUUAGGGAUUGGACGGGACCUCGAAAGAUCAUCCAGUCCAAUCCCCCUGCCAGAGCAGGAACACCUAGAUGAGGUUACACAGGAAUGUGUCCAAGCGGGUUUUGAAUGUCUCCAGAGAAGGAGACUCCACAACCCCCCUGGGCAGCCUGUUCCAGUGCUCUGUCACCCUCACUGAGAAGAAGUUUCUUCUCAAAUUUAAAUGGAACCUCCUGUGUUUCAGUUUAUACCCAGUGCCCCUCGUCUUAUCAUUGGUUGUCACCGAGAAAAGCCUGGCUCCAACCUCAUGACACUCACCUUUUACAUAUUCAUAAACAUUAAUAAGGUCACCCCUCAGUCUCCUCUUCUCCAAGCUAAAGACACCUGGCUCCCUCAGCCUUUCCUCAUAAAGGAGAUGCUCCACUCCCUUAAUCAUCUUCGUGGCUCUGCGCUGGACUCUGUCAAGCAGUUCUCUGUCCUUCCUGAACUUUCCCCCGAUACUUUAUACCUGUUUUGUGUAUUAAUCCAGAUUACAUGAUGCAAUAUACUGCAAGUGGCGAUUGUUGCAAAGUCAUCCUAACAAAAAAUCCACCUCAAUGAAAACUUGUGUUUUUCCAAAACAGUGAGAGAAGACUCUUUAAGAAGUCUCUACAUUUAGUGAAAUGUGACAUGACUGCUAGCAAACCAAACUUAGUCUUAAUGCAAUAGCACACCAGCAGAAUAAUUCUUAAUAUGGCUGGAUAACUGGGAAAUGCUGUUUGUAAACUUACCAGAAUCUGCUGGACUAUAACAAAAUGUUAGAAAUACCUAAAGCUUCCUAAAUCAAGUGUUUUGUGUUAGUAUUCAACAUCAAUAUAUGUGAGCUGUUUCCCAAAUCAAUUUUGCUAUCCAUCUUAGCAGUUGAGAAGGGAAAAAAAAGUCUUAUGACUAUAUGCGUUGAUAGAAGUAAUAAGCUUCUAAAAUAGUCAUGAGCUCUGACAGAUAAUCACUCUUUCUGAUGAAUGAUUAUUCAGAAGUGAAAGUCCUGCCACAACACGCUUAUAUUUCAAUUGAAUGCUGUCAUUGCAGCACAUGUGCUAAACCUCAGUUACAUGGACUGAAUAUCCAGUAAGUUCACCAUGUGAAAAGAAUAGGCAAAAAACUAUGUUUGAUAUUAAAACGCCUCGGUACUUUUAGAGCAUCCUAAGAAUAAAGUGGCUGCUCUUUAAAAGGUAAGAGCUAGCUGUAGGGAACUGCUUGCAUGGGACUUGUCACUGGCAGCUUGCCAUUUUUUCCCCCUGCCACCACAUGUACCACUUUGACCAGCGAUGGCAGAUUGCACUUGGUGGAGGCUGAUAAGAAGGAUUUUUCUGAGCCUGAACACAGAAGGUGCCAUAAUAAGCAUCAUAAAUGUCCCAUAUUAUAAAAUCACUAAAGACGAUGAAGUAUGAAGAGAGUUAGUAAAGGAUGCUAAUGAUGUGCAAAAUUAUUGGGUGAAAUCGGAGCUCAGAACUUGCUCAUGGAAAGCAAAAUAAGACUAACAUGAAGAAAGAAGUGCUGCAAUUUAAAUAAAGCAAGUUGGAUCUUGAUAAGGUUUUCUUUUUCCCCGCUCAUUCAGAUCAUAACUAGCUUUACGGCAAACCAUCUUUCCUGAGGAAUUUAUUUAUGUGCACUUUUUUUUUUAAAGUAGCAUUAUGAUUUGUCAUUUUUAAGACAGGAAUAUGGGUAAGCCCCAAAAUGGUGACUUGCAACUGAGGUUGGCAAUUAUUUACAACUUAACAAGAGUUAAUCAGAAAAUCCACAUUAGGGAUGCUUUCCCAAGGGCUGUAUUCCAAGCUCUGUAGUAUUACUGUAUAUUCUGAAGCUCAUAUUUAGUUUGAUACUCAAUCAAAAUUCAUACCAACAGAAACAACAUAUUAUGACAAGUUAAUAUAGUUUGUACUGUGCAGUGCCACUGCUCAAGAUGUUGUUUACCUAAGGGUUUUUUUCCUUAAAAACAGAGGCCUGUUUUUAUUGUACAUCUUCUGUCAUAGUAGCAGAAGCUCAAGACCUACUUUUCCAAAUGUUUUCUCCUUGUUUAUGUAAUUAAUAAAUAUGAGUGUGCACUGCAUUACAGAAAAGUUUUAAUCCCCUAACCUCUACAUUUCAUGCAUGAUACAAAUUAAUUGCUCUUUUCCAAAUAAGACUGCCCACUGCUUAGGAGUUACUGGGUAGGAAUUGUGGCUCUUCAGAGCGGGUAAAUCUAAAUCUACAGGAAGUUUGCUCGUGAGGAGAGGCCAGGUCUGAAGUAGGGCAAUAAAACUUGCAAAUAGGCAGUUAUGGGUUUAGUUGUAUUUGAAUCCAUGCAUGCUCAAACUGUACAUUUGGUUCUGAGCAAUGGCUAUCUGGGAUCUCUUGUUGACCAUCUCGUAUGAAAAAAUUACAGAAGUGUGUAUUUUUCCAAAGAAUAUUGAAGAAAUUCAUUUCAGUGAUACACUAAAUUUAAAAGGUCUCCUACAGGAUGAAUUAUUCACUGAGUGCUGCUGUGAGAACUCUGAAGAUGUAACAGAAAGAGCUUUUGCUAUAGCCAAGCCACCUCCUCACUGAAUUCUUCCUUUGAAGAAAGACGAGCCAUAGGGUUAAAGCUUUUUUGCUGAACAUUCUGCACUGUGGGUAGGUGCCCCGCAAACCAUUGUGUGAUAUGGGGCAUACAUUACGUGCUAAAGCUGAAUAUUCUCCUUAAUUGAAGGCAAAGGUCUUUUCAGAACAUCUCAUGGGUCUCCGGGAAAUGCUCUGUGUAGAUACUGAUGUAAAGGUUUUCUGAGAAUAGAGGUGGGAAUCACCCCAAAAAACCUAUCUGCCUGGGAAAAGUGUUUAGCCCAGCAAGUUAACACGGGAAUUUACCGGUUGGGGGCGGUGGUUCUUGCGCGCUUUGGGGUUUAUUCGGUUUUGGUCUGUUCUGCGGAAGGCUUUUAACGCCGGCCCUUGCCGUGUACCAAGCCCACAGGAAGGGAACUUCCACGCUGCCCCCGCGAGUCCCCUGCCAGCGGGGCGGCCGGGCCGAGGCCGGAGCCGGACGGGGUUCUGGCGGGGGCCUGGCGGGGCAGCGCGGCCCGGGCGGGGCGGCCCCUGACAGGAUGGCGGGGGCAGCGGGGCGGAGGCCGCGGUCCGAAGGGCAGCGCGGGUUUCCUCCCGCCGCCCCGGGCGGGGGGCUGGCGGGGCCGGGCGGGCUGCGCGGGGUGUGUGUGGGGUGCGUGGGCAGCGGCGGCGGUGACACGGCGGUGGGUGGGGAUUACAGCAUUUCAUCGGCUUUUCCUCCGACACCUUUUAAAGAUACAGCCCACGACGCUCCUCGGGGAUUGGUGCCAAGCGCUGCUGGAGUCAUCUCGCAGCCGAACUCGAACUUGAUAGCUCGCCUCGCUGCGAAAAUAGGAGUCGUUCUGGGGAAAAAUCUAAAGUUUCUCCGCGUUAAUCCGCCACCCCCCCAGCUCUCGUGCAGGAGCAGAGCAUUUCUUUGGUCAAAUCUUUUUGAUUGCCCGUUAACCUCAUACAAAUUAAUGUCAAAGUACUUUCUGGAAGCAGAGCCUUGUAAGUAACGUCUUGGGGUAAGAAUUGUUCUCUUUAGUCUUGGCCAAGGUGGAAAAAGAUGGUUUUCUUUGCCUUUUGAUUUUCUUAGCUCUUCUUCUGUCUUGUUGCAGCUCUGAAUGUAUUCUAUGUUCAGUAUUUCUGCAAGCAUUUGGCUCAAAAGUGGUGAGCAGCUUGUUACUGGUGCCUGUUUCCCUCUGAAGCACACAGGAUUUUUUUAAUUUAAAGGAAUAACAAGAAUUUGCCUCUAUCUAAUAGAAAACAUUUCCAUUUUUAAGGUUCUUCUUUCAGUUGUGAAAGUGCAAAAUAAUAUUAAUUGCCUAUUCUUCACUCUUUUUGUUCUGUAAAAAGCUUAGAAGCUGUUAUAGAUUAAGUACUUGUCAGUUUAUUCAGUGCUAGUACUGCUUGGGUUUGAGAAAAUACAGGCAUAGAAUGGGUUACAGUACUGAGGUUAUUUUGUUUUUCCUUUUUAUUAGGCUUAUUCUUCAAGUAAUGAUGUCCAGUUAGUCAGCUACUGGGUGGACAGGCUGGAUAGAUUCCAACUUAAUAAAUGUUAAUGCACAUUAUGACCAGCCUUGAGUAAUAACGGAUGACAGUAUAACUUUCAAUCAGAGAGGAUGCCUGAGCCAUUCUAGUACAACUCUGUUAUGUACUUUUGGGAAGGACAUGUGCAUUUCUCAAAAAUAGGAAAGCAUCUGAUAAAUGCACAAAAGGUGCUGGGGGAAUGCAGGGUUUGUUUCUUGUUUGGUUGCGUUUUUUGUUGUUUUUAGUGUUUUUUCCAAAGAAAACAACAGGCAAAGUCUUAAGAGGUAGCUUCUCCUAAUUUAGUACCUCAAUAUGUAUGAUACCCUACCUUCAUUUUGAGAUUUUUUUGUCUUUCUGCUUCUGAAAAACUGACCCUUAGUCUUCAGCCAUUUUGUAACCAUUACCUUAUUAAAAAAUUGAGCCCUGCUGUGGAUCUUAAAGUAGAAAAAGAAAAAUGAAGCGGUUGUGGAUUGAUGUUUACAAAACUGAACGAGGCAGCAGCAGCCCUCUAAUCUUGUAGCUGUUGACUUAGUACAAGUGAUACUUGUCAUAUGUCCCUAUAAGUGUGAGCUGACAUUUGUUUAUUCCUUGCUAAUUUAAGCACAAGUAUUGCCUCAUAAAAUUGUUUAAUCCUUAUUGGAAAAAUAUAGGCACUUAAUCAACCAAUGGUGAGGAUGAGAAUUCAUCUGCUCUUUAUUUUUUAAUAUAAUUAUUUAACACGUACAUCUGACAUUUGGAAACUUCAACUGAAAUUAGUCUCUUAAAUGUGUUUGUCACUAAGAUUUAAAUGGGCUCCAGUAUAUUUGUUUCAUGUAGUGGAGGAGGAGGGGAAAUAACAUUUGAAAGUUAUCACCGCUUGCCUGGAAGUAUACAAAUGCUACCAUAUGUCUGGAGGUUUUAUGUAAUUUGUUAAGAUGAGAAAAUAACCUAAUCAUUCAUACUUUAAAUAAAACAAAAAAACAAUAAAAUAAUCUAAAAAUGAAGUAUUAUUUUUCUGAGAACACGAUUGUGCAGUCCAUUCAGUGCCUGAGAGGUAAGAGUGAUCGUCAUUGGUUCUAGGCAUAGUAUUGCAAAAUAGCAAUACAUCAGGUAUUUUUAAGCUACUGUGUGAACAGGAAUACUUUAAUAGACCAGCACCACUUGUCUUUCAGAGCUGACUGAGCAGUCAUAUUUUAAAAUAAGUUUGUUAUAGUAUAUUUUUAAUGCAACCUGCUUCCGAGAACCUUUAUUUGUGGAGGCGUGUAAGUGGUUAGCUGUCCUGGGCUUGAAUGCAGGACAGUCAGAGCUUGCAGGAAAUCAAAGAUUCCUGGGCAUGGGGUAUAUGUACUCCUGCCAAACUUGGCUGCAUCUGUGUCACGGGAGGACCACUGCAGGGCAGGAAUGUGAAAGCAGAACUCUCAGUCUACCUAAAUGUGCAACCUUUCUUUAUGUGCAGGUUUGGAAUCUGUAGCUGGUAUGCCCUUUGUGGCCACCGGUGUGGGUGAGGACCAAGUGUUGAUACUGCCCAUGCAGUGACGCCUGGAGUUGGCUUUGGGGUGGGUUUAACGCAAGGAUUUAUGAAAGACUGUGAUUUGGGCGUUGGGGGCAGGGAUUGUUCAAUAACAACUGAUGAUGUCCUUAAUGUGAAGCAAAGAAGAUAGGCUGGUUGCUCUUAGUCUGCUUUUGAAUGGUUUAGUCACUGUUUGUAUGCGUUUUCCCCGUGGAGGUCUGUGAAUGAGAUCUUUAGACAGGUGAGCAAACAGGGAGUUUAAAGAGCUUUGAUGAGAAGUUACUAAGGUGGUGCUUUUGGAAGUACAGGCCACACAGAUGCUUAAGAGAUUGUACAGAGUUCCCAGUGGCUUAAGGAAUUAUUCACUUUUGUCAGUCUAAUUGCAGUGACGGUUGUGCCAUGACUCCCCUUAAAAAGGGGAUGGGUGCGUAAGAGAAAAGAAAAAUCAGAGGUAAAGAAGCAGAGAGGUCAUCCUGGCAAACCUGUUACUCCUGGAGUGUUUUUUUUUUUUUUUACUUUUUGUCUUUAGUUGCUUCUCUGCUGUUCGUGCUCUCUCCUACAUGCACACACAUUCCAUGCUGGUCUCUUCAGCUACAGGUUGAUAGGAUUUCCAUAGGAGUGUUUCAGAAUUUUCUUGUGCAUGGGGGAGUGAUAAUGAGACAAGGGAUGUUAUCUUCUAGUGCCAUAUUUGCCAAAUCUCUUCCUAAGAAAAUCAGUAAGCAAGGACCUAUCCAACCCAGCCUUCCUUACAGCAGUGAUUGCAGAGUGGAGAGCAUAAGCCUCUGCUCUUUCUCCAAGCCCUUCCUAGCCAGAUCUCCAGAAGAUUUUCCUUAGGACAAGAUAGAUGGUUUAGUGCAGAAAAUGGAGUAUUGCUGGAGUGCUUUUUGUUUGGAAGUGAAGAUUUCUGUUGGGUUUUUCCACAUGUGUGAGGAAUAGCUCUUCAAGAUGUCGUUUUUAGCCAUAGUCGUGUGUCGUAGCAGUCAAGAUAUAAAAUGGAGAGGUGUGCACAGAGCUGGCUGUUCAGGCAGAUAACAGUAUGCCAUUAUUAUGCCUGGUUAAGCACGUGAUGGCUGGGCAGGUCUAAGUCACCAGCCCUGGUUUUGAUUCUUGGUUGGUAGUGUCUGCAGAGGGGUCUGGGCUGCUUACAGAAGUGAAGAACAAUGGAUUGGGAAGCUAAGCAUGUCAGCUCUGUGCCAGAGGAGGCUGGUUGGGAGUUCUCCAAGCCGGGCUCCCCGCAUUUUGUUGGGCAACUUCUUGCAGGAAUGAUUAUGCUGGCUCUUUGGAAGACUCAUGUGACACAUAGGUGUUGCAGGGGGCAGUAAUAUAGAUCAGGUUCUGCUUCACUGCCCUGUGAGAUAUGUCUUGGCAUUUUUGGUCAUCGUUCUUCAGGGACAGUUGGUGAUGUCCAGACUGCCUCUGGGGCACCCUUUGAGGAGAAACCAGUUGGAUCCUUGACUUUCCAUCUGUCUUCCAGUUGGGGCACUCUCAAAAUGUCUCUGAUUGUGUAUAGUCAAGGAAUUCAGCCUUGACAGAGCUGCUGGGACCGUGUUAACAGGGCAGUGAAAACACGCUGUGACUGUUGUUAGUGAACUGGUCAUAGCGAACAACACUCUGCCAUCCUGCUGUUGCUCUUUAGUGCAAUCUGUGCACGAUCCGAAAUAUGCUGUUGGAUAGGUGAACUGAUGUGUAGCUGUGGGGGAGCUAUAACCCUGCAAAUUCUGCAUGCAGAAGGGGGAUUCCCUUCUGAAUUCCCUAUCUGGUGAGGCCUGUACAGGCGGCAAGAGCACUGGUCUCCAGACUUGAAUAUACCUCUGUUCUCCAAGGGGCUUCAGAAUUACUUCCUACAGUAAGUAGAAGGAUGAUUGAAGAAAUAGACAGGAAACCUGCUGUUAUUUUUGAUGUGAUGUGAAGCUCUUUCUCACCAGAUUUUGGCAAGUGAGAACACUGUGUAAAUCUGGAAAUGAAAUUUAUUUAAAUUGUCCUAAAUAAAACCAACAUGCUUGUCAAUAAUAACAUUUUGAUCUAGCAUCCAAUGCUGAGCCAAAUUGGAAAUUUAUCUUUUAGGAAGAAGUCUUAUAUAAGUGACUUUCCCUUAUUACUCUUCUUUUUCAGUGUGAAAAUCUUUUGAAUUCUAGCUUUUAUGAGAAGUUUAAAAUACAUUUUGUAUCCAUGCACUCCACACAAAAGCACUGGUGUGUUGUCCAAGUCAUACAGAGAUUGGUCAUCCCAAUGAAGUAACUACGAGAUACCCGUACAUUUCACGUGACUCCAGAUAUGGGGGAAUUCCAUGUUGGCCAAACAAUACAGCAUUUCUUAAACUUUGGGGCAAGGGAAUUUUGUAAGGUAUUUUUUAUUUUUCCUUCACUAACAGAGCUUGAUUUGUCUGAACUUUAAUAGUUGGGACGGAAAAGGGCAACUGGAUAAAUCUUGUUUUUCAGUUUAGAGAACUUAUACAGAAUUACUGCCUGUAAAUUUUAAGUGAUGUUUAGAUUGUUAAAGAACAAAGUGAUUAAAUUACUUGAUUUGAAUCCUCUGAAGUUUUUCUAAAGAUCUGAGUGUUGUUUGGUUUCAGUACGCUUGCUGUAGUGUGUUGGUUAUGGCUUUUCAUAAACAAAAUAAUACAAACAUUAUCUUUAUUACUCACAGUGCUGCUGCAUAGUUGCGGUUUAGGUUUUGCCAACUAUUUGCAAUGUAUAGCCACAGACUCUCUCUGGGUGGCAUAAAUAAAAACAAAGUCUUUCUGUUCCUAUCAGGACUUGUUUUUUCAAUUAGGCACAUUAGUGUAUCAUUAGGUAGAGAGGUAAGAGUACGCCUCUGUGUGUGACUCUUCUCUAGUCUGAAGUGGCAAAAAACCACAUCAGAAUAGAUUUACAUGCAUCCUAUUAGCUGUAAGCACCCACAAGAUGAUUAAUGCUCUACAAGAGAGACAGACAAGACCGUCUCAGCCCCAAGAGGCUUGCAGUCUAACACUGAUAAGACUUGUCUUGUAAUUUACGAGGUGUAAAAUUAAUUUUGUGUUUAUUGGUAUUGUGACCCUCCUCUGCAUGUAAUUCUGGGGUACAGAAGCCAUUGUAUGCAUGUGAAGUAGCCUGCAGUGGCUUCAUGAGUCCCUGCAAAUCAAACACCUCCUGUUAGCUGUUCAUAAGGUGCAAGAUGAGAGUCACCUCUCUUCCAUUUUAAGACCUCUCCUGGAACAUGCCUUAAAACAAUUUUCAAAUAACAGGUUUCAGGGAUCAUGAGCUAAUUUAAAUGCUCACAUGUGCAUCCAUUCCUAAAUCAUAAAAAAAAAAAAAAAAAAUCAUAGUCCUGAACUGCCUUUUAAGGUUAACAGGACAGGAAAAAAAUUUGCAGAGGGCAAGUAAUAGUGUAUACCCAGAGCUGUACAGUGCCUAUGAGUUUUGAAGGAAAAAACCCCUAUAUUUUAUUAUUGGUGGUGUGCUAUGUUCUUUACAACUGCAAUUUCCUCACGGUCGUUCACCCCCUGCCCUCCCAGCCUUCCUGUAGUUUUCCUUCAUGGGACCGGAGAAACAAAAUAUAUAAUCAUGGAGAAGUAUUUGUACUUGAUUUUUGAUCAUGUUCCCAUCCCGUGCUUCAAAUUGUGUUUGCAAGUGUUGGCGUUUUCAAAUGGAAUUUCCCAUCCGUUUUUCUUGAACCAUUUCAGCAAUUUUAGAAAUGAACAGGAUAUGUGACUUUUUUGAAAGCAAAACAGAACUUCAGUUUUUCAAUAACUACUUUCAGAAAUAUCUCCUAAGCCAUUGAAGUAAAUAAGUAUUAGCAAUAUAUGUACUAAUUUAAAGCCAUUGAGUUUACAGGAAGUUUUGUACCAAAACCUGUGGUGUUUAGAUAUGUCUCUAAUGAUUUUGCUAAGUACAGAAGUAUUUUUUUUUCUGUACGUGGAUAAAAAUUACACUCUACCUUUAAUCUGUUUUUUUAGCCCAAGUGGCUAGGUAGCAGGCUCCCCUUUGAAUUUGACACAGAGACGGUUGAGAAGAGCAGGUAGCAAAGAUACUUUCUAACAACUAGUUUAAAAUCUCAUAGCUAAAAGAUACAAAAUUAUAUUUUAUAUAAUAAUAAUGUUACUCAAAACGUGAUUUGUAUCUGAGACUGGUGUGUGAGAGCUUUCUGCUUAGUGGCUGGGAAUGUUACUGCUCUGAGCUAUAUUGACGUGGAGUGAUUUUUUUGCCAAAGAAAAUUGUUGUUUUCCUUUCUGAAGCUACCUGUCUAACACCUGCAAGAAAUGGCAGCUAUUUGCUAUGGAAAGCUGGGAAUUAAGUUUAUCAAGCAGCGUUUAUCUUCUGGAAGACAGUUAAGUCCUGCUAAGCUCUGCCGUUUUAUGCCAAAAUAAGGAGCCAGGAGCAUUUGAGGAGUUUGGUUUAUGCACAGUAGCUGAGAAAUAACCAGAAACGUAAAAGAAAUCCGCCUGUGGUAAUCUAUACUGUUGCAUUAUAAAUAACUAUGACCACUGAUGAAGCACAGAUAAUGGUAAAGAGGCUGGUUUGUAAGAAAUAUUCACCAUCUUCUCUGGCUAACUUCUGAGAACUUGCAUUUUAUUUGUUUAUUGGACCUUAUUCUUCAUUGCAAGUAAAAGCUAUAAUUAGGCAAUAUCAGAGAUUUUUGUCUUGGGGAGCGUGGAGGAGAAUUGACCUUGCUUGAGAUUGUGAAUAUAAAGAAAAUUUUUUUCAUAUGCUUAUUAUACCACCACGUCAGUAAGUAGUCUCAAAAUACUGGUGACUACUGAGUGGUUGUGCUUUCUUUGCUGGAGAGUUUCUAUUGCUAUGUUUUGAGGGACUUUGAAAGUUUGUUGCAGAGUUUCUAUUGCUGUAUCUUACGGAGUGACUCCAGUGGAUGCUAUUGUCUUAACAGAUCUUGAGUCCUGGGUGUUUUAUUGAGAAGUGGUCUUCUGAGUUAUUUUGUUAGUUCUUGCAUAUGUCCUGCAUGUAAGACCAUGAGAUGCUUUUAAGGCUGUGAUAAUCCACAUGAGCUAUGCCUCUCACUGAGCACUGAUAAGUUGGCUGGGCUUUCCUACUCCCUGGUAACUGACUGAGGCUUGGGUGAAACUGGGUACCAAGUGAUACUGGAAGGGAGGGACAACUUACAUAAGACAGCAAGAAAGUUGUCUGGCCAGCAAACCUGAUGUUUGCCACUGUCAGAGGGGGCCUUCCAGCAGGAGAGUCAAGGGAAUUCUUACGUGCUGUUGGCCAUGAAGCUCUUUGACUACCUGUGUGUCCCUGGCUCUCUAAAGUGCCCAUUUAGUUCUGAUUUUGAAGUGACAGAUUGACUUCUUGAAGAACACUAGGAGACGUCAACAGGAAUGAAGCCGGUAUGCACAUUGGCAUGAACAUCAGUGGGGUGGCAUCAGCUGGCAGCAGGUAGGAACCCCAGCCACCGCUUCUGCAGGAGUUUGUGUCCUUCAGGCGGUUUAAGAGCUGGGUGAGGGUUAGACCUCACUCCAGAGAGGCUGUUGGCUUCCUGUUCACAGACCAGUUUGAAUGGGGAUUGUAAAACACGCGUGUACACACACGUUAUUCCUCUCAGGGCUUGGCUGAGGUUACCCAAAAGAUCUUCCAUUUUCAUCCUUCCCCCACAUACCCCACUGGAAAGUCACAGCAGCUGUGGAGGUCUCUGCAGAAGUUUUCUGGCUGUCUGAGAAUCACAGCUUUAAGUCUCGUUGGUUCAGCUGGCUUCCCAAACACACUGUAUAACAGUCCUUUCUACAGAGCUUUUUGCUGGGCACGUGCAAGAGAAUUACUAUGGGAAAGAUCUGGAGUUGUUUAGGGGGAGGAAUUGAUUCCAAAUGAUGUCUUGCUGAAGCUUUGUUGUGUUUUUCAGACAAUGAAUUAAAUAUCAUUUUAUCCGUACUAGGAACUUGGAAGCAAAGACUCUUUACAUUUUUAGCUAUGAAAAUCGGUGGUUUCUUACCCAGUACAAAAACCCCUAUGUCCUUGGUUGUAUUUCUAACUAAUAUUUAAUAAUACAUGGUUUUGUUUUCAAGCGUCUAUGUUGGCCUCCUUAGAAAGAGGUUUUGUGUUCUGAGCCCUUUACAGUUUUCCCAGUAUCACAUACUUACAUUCAAAAUUCAAAAGUGAAAAAAACCCCUGUGUGAAACACACACUUUUCCACAACUUUCUCUCACUCUUACAGGAAAAGACAAAGGGAUAUUGAGUAUUUUGCAUUUUUCAUUAAAUGAGUUGUCUUUAUUAGAAUACCUAAUAAGGCAUCUGUGCUAAAGUGAUAAAGCAUGUAUUCCAUGGACUUUCAUCCUCACGCUAGCCCUGACUCAUCAGAAUUACAUGUGGUCUAGUAUCUACUUUUCAUUAUUAGCAGCAAUUGUUUUGCUGCUGGAGCAAAAGGACAUCUAACAGAUUAAGCAAGAUUUUGUUGAAAGAUGCUAAUAUUUUCCUGUCACAAUAGGAAAAAGUAAAAGGAAGAGGAAAGUAAUUGAAAGGUUUUAAUUCCUGAGAAUUUUUUAAAUGGAUUAUAUUGAUUAACAAAAUUGCUACAUUUCAUGGCAGAAACUUUUUAGAAGAAGGCAGCAAUUGUAAUUAAUUUUUAGUCUGUGCCACAUAUUUGAUGAUAGCUCUGAUUCAUGCUAUUAUAUUCUCUCUUCCUUCACCCACAGCAAAACAAAUUUAAUUUGAUUCAUACCCUUAAGAAAAAAAAAAAAAACACGCAAAAUUACUCACAUGGUUAUGAUUCAGCUCUUGGCAUAAAACCCUGUCCUCCUCCAUCCUCCCCCUCUCCCACCCAAACCACCCCCACCCUCACCCACUAUAUAUUUAUGUCACCGUAGCCUGAAAAAGUUGAGUAGCUCUUUAAAAACAGGGCAAAUGAAAUCCCUCUUCAAGCUGCCCUAUUGCUUAUGUUGAUACGAGUCUAAUAAGACUUCCUUUUCGCAAGUGCUAUGGAGGCAGCAACAGUGCUCUGUUUUUCAUGUUACUUUAACAGACAACAGUACUGUAUUGAUCUUGAGACGUGCUUUCUUUUAGCAGUUUAGCAAUGCAAUGGCAAGCGAUGCUAAAAUUGCUCAAAUACUCGUAUUCAGGAGUCUGCCUUUCCAAAAAAAAAGAAAAAUAUUUUUGAGGAAACUGUAUAUAGGGAUUCUUGUUGAAAUGGAAUACUGGAAGAGCUUACCUUAAUACUAUUUUUGUCUUUUUCUUAAUUAGCUUUAAUGAUCUAGACCUUAACAAGCCUUUCCCCAAGAAGAGAUAGAAGCUGCACUGCUUUCAUUACACAAAUGUAUAGCAGUGUGUCCUGUUUCCUACAGCUUGUGUUGGGUACCUCUUUUUACAGGUGAUGGCAAUCUUCUGUCUUCACCUACUGCUGGAAGUACAAAUGUUAUGGUUCUGCUCACCAUUGUAUCUGACGAGCUGUGUUCAGCCUUCAGCUCUUAGGAACCACAGCUCAAGUUCGGUCAUCAGACACUAGAAGCAUUCAAAGGAGAUGUUUUAUACGUGAAAAAGAAAUGUUUACAGAGAUCUGAUAUGUAGAGGUGAUGCAGUCCAACAAACCCAGUGGAAAUUAGAAGCGGCUCAGUGCCUCUGAAAGCUGGCACGUGUAUUUAUGUAUAUAACACUGAGCACAGAAAGCUUCAUGCAUGCUGGUGCUAUGAAUCAGUCACAGUAAGUACCGCAACUUGCAUGAGUUGGUGGGAAAGUGUAUUUUUAGCCAAGCACGCUAGUGCAGCCCUUCCACUCUUACUAAAAGAGACAAGUAGGUGAUACCUUAAGGGUAGAUAUCGAAGGGGAUUAAAAAAAAACAACCCACCACAUUCUCAGAGCUUAGAUCACUUGUUUACCCAGAAAAUCAUAACUUACUCACUUUCUAGUUAAAUGAUGCAUGUUUCAUUAGCUCUGUGCUUACAAGCUUUACUUUUCCAAUAAAUGUGUGAGAUAUCCCAAGGAAAGGAAAGGGGGAUCUGUAGGGGAGAAAAGAGAAAAUUCUUUUUAUUUCCUCGUCUCCUUAACAUCCUCUGCUUUUCUAUAGGUAACUGUGGAUCUAUACACACAUGUCCAUGGUGUAUGACUGUGUACCCAAGUUCACACAUCCCAGUGAUGCUAUGUGCUUCCUUGUGGGCUGGGCUCACCCCCUCCGGCAGAGGAGAGUCUUCAGUGCAAUUAGCAUUAAGGGUGGUGUCAGCUUACUAUGGAGCUCACUCCCUCCUGGGGCUCUGAAACCUCAACUGGAUCAGGCUUUCUUGCCUUUGUCGUCACCUGGAUGUCCCCUGGUCCAACACCAAUGAUGAGCAUCUUAAAAGUAAUCAGGCAGCUCACCCCUCGUGUUUGGACCAAGACACAAAGGUGAGAAAGUCAAAAGGGAAAAACAGGGAAACUUCCCUAUUGGGAGAGGAGAGUUGCUGAGUAUGGCAGGAAACAGGCUCUGCUGGAACAAUAAAGAAAAACUGGUCUCCUGAGGAAAUAGUCAACAGAGAAGAAUGUAGGAGAAUAUGUGGGUGCUUUUGUCUGUGAGGGUGCAUGGAGUAGGAUGAAGAGAACGGUGCCUUCCCUCUCACAGUCCUCGUUCUCUGCCUUCCUGCUCUAAUUGGGUUUCUGUGUUCAAAUGAAGCACCCCUCUCCCAGAAAGUACAACAGACAGAAUCCAGCUGAAUUUCAGUCAUAUUUGCGUAGCCAAGUUGCUGAAAUUAGACCAUCACUGCCAGCACUUCAGUGAUGUACCUUUCUGUGUUCCUUCUCUACAGUUGGACAAAAGUCUCAGCCUCUGACCCUAAUCCCUCUAACAAAACCUGAAAUGCAUCACCAUAAAAUAUACUGACUUUACAAAAAAAGUCUUUCUCAACCAUGAGAUCAAUGAAAGCACGCCUAACCCGAUUAGCCACUGGCUGCUAUAAUUUUUGAAUGUUAUGUUUUAGCCACAUAGAAGGGGGGCAGAGAUCAUCCAGCUGGGCACCAGGUUGGAGUGAGAUGCACAGAUUGCUCCAGAGUAUGCGGCAUGGGACAGGGAGCCAGGAGCGUCUUAGGUACAACUCAGUUCCUGGUGGAAACUUCUGUGAUGUUGGUCAAGACAUUUUAAGUAUUCCUGGCCUCUCUUUUCUCAUUUUCUAAAGGAGACUGAAGUCUACCAUUUCACAGGGAUAUUACGAGGAUUUACCUUAAAAUGUACUUCUGAAGUAUUUAUAAUGGUUAAUCAGGUUUUCCAUUAUGGAGUACUUAGGUUAUUUGGCUGACUUCAGCCACACAAACUCACACAAAUGCUAUACAUAGAAUACUUUGGAAUAUUUUGCAUUUGGCUCAUCUGAGUCACGGUUUCCAUCCAAAAAGAACCGUAAAAUAAUUUGAUUGUUUUAAUCUAAAUUAUUUUUAUGAAGAACCUCAUAAUAAAUGCUUUGAGAAGAACUCAGAGAUGAAGCGUGUUAAAAUAAUUAGGCUUAAAUAUCUCAUCAGAGUUGAAAGCAGAUAUGACUGCUGUCUACCAACAAGCUGCAGAAUGGCAGACGGAGGGCAUUUGUGGUAUAGCAUGAGAAAAGGAAAAGAACUGUUUUAGCAAAGAGAGGACAAUGGUGAUCAUUUGAUGGUCUGCCAACAGCUGGCCCUGAAUAUGUUUAGGGUGGAAAUUUUGGAAAAAAGUUCUGAGCCGUCAUAAGCAACUUCUGCAGCAACCUUCCAAUUGCAGGCACUGAGGACAAGCUGCAGCUUUUUUUUCAAGAUGGAGAUAUGGUUAUGUUAAAAAAAGUCAUCAAGGAGGUGUUCGCUGGCUUGCUUUCCAGUCCCUAAUUUCUUCUGCUACACCUGUUGUCCUAGGUCUCUUCAAUUCUAUUAUCUAUCAUUAAACUUCCAGUAGGAGUGGGCAGUUCAUCUCCCAUUUUUUAUGUUAAUAGAAAACCCAUGGCCAUUUUGAGAGAGAUUUAUUCACUGUCCAUCAAGAAGAUGGAGGUGUAACUCUUCCUAAACUAAUCUGAUUCUUACUUAAAAUCACUUCCCACCUAACACUCAUGACAGGAAUAAAGAUUAACAUUUUGAAGUAUUCUGAUAUCUUUGUUCUAAUCAAAUCACUUUAAUCAGAGAUUAAAAAUAUCACAUAAAGGUUAAAACAUAUGACCAUUUUCUUAAAAAAAAAUGCAAUAGAUGAAAAACUGAUACUGAUUUUAUAUGCACACAGUGCGAGUGUGAAUUUUUUAUUAGGUCAUCUGCCUUUAAUUAAACAUAACAUUUUUUGUUAUGCUAUUCUAGGAUAGGAUGUUUUUGUCAUUUUAUGGUUUCAUUGGGCUAUGGAAUAUUCCAAACAAUUUGAAAAUGUGGUUAGAUUAGUUUUCCCUUGGGUUUGACCUCAGUAAACUUAUCUUGCGGUAAAAGUAGAUUUCUUUGUCCUUAUUGCAUUUAUUACCUCAAGACAGUUGUCGUGUAUUGUAUUAAUAUAACGUGAAAAGGAGGAAGGGUGAAUUGGGUGUUUUCUGUUCUGUUGGGGUUUUUUUCCGCUACCCCCGAGACCAGCUUUGAGUCAUUCCUCCAAGAGGUCCCACUCCCCGUUGCUAAAGAGGUCUGUUGUUCUGUGAACAGGAGGGUGGGGGAGAGGUGAUUUGAGUCAUCUCAACUGGUUUGUCCUGGCAUAUGUUUCCUGCCCAUAAAUUGGGAUUGGCAAGGCUUGUCAGUGGCAGGCAGCCUCACCGUUGUUCCGGUUAUGCCUCGGAUGGCAUUUGCUGUGCCCCUCUGAUGUUUCUGAUUAUAUGUGUUUCUUUAGGGUAGGGAAAUAGAGAUGAAGCACAGCUCAGUGGCACAUCUCAGGCAGGCGCUGAAGGUGCUCAGAGGUGUUGGCCUGUGUUCCUUGAGGGUUUGUAGGCAAGUGAGGCUUUCAGUGUUGCUUUUAUGUGAGGGUCUGUUUCUUAGAUACUAUUCACCUCUUCUCGCAGCAAUUCCUCAAAAUAAAAAUGUAAAGCAUUAGUUAGAAUGGGUGCGUUUUUCUCACGAGAGUCUCUUCUGGCACGGAGAGCCGGUAUUUGCUAAUUGUUCAGCGCCUUUUAAUAAUUCCCUUUUUUAUUGACUCGUGCGAUCACUGCACGCAGAAGUUUUUCGGAGCUGUGCCGGCACACCGGUCACCACCAGCCUUUGCUUUGCAAGCCAUUCCCAGCUUAUGCUUGAAAAUAAAUAUAUAUUUAUACACAUGUAACAAACAGGGCUUCCUUCCGCGGUGUGGCGGGAGGUGCUGGUUUUCGCUUUCCCCCCACCGUCCAGCGCCUUGGCAGGGGGAAGCGAGCGAGGCGAUGGCUGUGUAAACCCAACCUCGGGGGCGAGGAUUAGCGUAAUGUGCGCCAGACAUUCCUCCCGCGGAGAUGCUGGCCGCUGCUGAAUGCGGCCGUGUCUGUGUGAGGCGAGGGAGUUUCCUGCUUUAAAUCACCAGCAGGCUCCGGCUGGGCGUUCCCGCUCCCGCUCGCUGCCCUUUUUUUUUUUAUUUUUUUAUUUUUUUUUUCCUUCCCCCUCAAUGAGUGUCCUUUGUGUAACCCCGCUAAUUCAGAAAAAUUCUCCGCGGUAAUUGGAACUGCCCCGUCACGUGGCUGCCGCCCGCCGAUUGGCCGCCCUUAAUUGGCGGGUCGCUAUAAGAACGGCGUGCGGCGGCGGCGGGCGCGCAGCUCGGCUUCCAGUCCGGCUCUGGGCGGCCCCGCUCCUGCGGUUGCCGGGGUGGGCACUGUCGGGGGCCGCGGGGCUCUCAUCGGCGACCGCCCCCACUCGCCCUCAUUGGGGGUCGCCCCUCGGCAGGGCUCGGGGCGCACGGGAGCUGCCUGUCAUCAGGAGGCGCCGCUCGGAUGGGCUCGGCACGGGUGAGUGAGGAGCGGCGGCGGCGGCUUCGCCCGCUCGGGAGGAUCGCCCGGCCCACAUUCGGGUGGCCGGGGCGGCGUGAGCGGGUUCUGUACGGCGGUUAACCGCGCCGGUGGGAAGCGAGCGCACCUGGGCGGGCGGGGGGAGGUUGUGGGGAGUGCCGGGGGUCUGCCAGCUCUCCCCCCUUGUCUUCUCUCUUCGCGGAGGGGGAAGUUUCUCAGACGCUUCUCGGAACCUUGUCUGGAUGCGAGUAACUCCAGCACGUGUGGCUGCGACUUCCUUGUCGUGGUGAACUUCUUUCUCCUUCCCGAGAAGGUGUGAGGGUGGCUGGCGGUGCUCAGGUGUGAGUUGUGAUGAGUGGAGUGUCUCCCGUGUGCAGAGGUUGGGGUUUCUGCCGGAGGGGAAGGCUGGGGCGACAGGCUGUGCUGAGCUUGCUUUGCUAUUGUUUUUCAUGUGCGGGGACUGAAGUGACUUUAAAUCACUAACUAGGCACAUUUCGUGGCAAAAUCGCUUGCUUUCUGCAUGGUAAAGCUAGAUGUAACUUCCGACGUGCCUGUUUCUUAAAUUCCUAACUAUUUAGAAAAAAAAGUAACAUAGUUCAGAGAUUACUCUCUCCAAGGUUGAAAUGUAAUGAGAUAUAUAUAUAUAUGAGUAUUCAGAGUAUUGUUUUUAUUGGACUCCUUAAUGUAGUGUGAUCCUAGAAACUGUAAAGAAAAUUAGUUACAGUGUGGAUGCAUAUAAAAUGUUUAUUUCAAUUAUAUUUAAAUCUGGUACGUUAAUUGUUACUGUGCAAACUGCCUGCAAGUCAGAUGGGAAACAGUACUGCCUGUAAUGUAUUUUAGAUCUUGCAUAAUGGUCAAUAAAGAGUGGGUAUGUUAUGUGGAAAUGGUAACUUAUGUUUCAAAUCUGCUGUUAACUUUGUGAGUUUUAUUUUUACUUUCUUUUUGAGCUGUAACUUCUUUAAGAUGCAUGUAGAAAGCACUUUGGUUACAGGUUAAAAGGUGUCAUUCAGAGUAUGCUCAUCUCAGUUGGUUUUGAUGCAUAAAAUACUCAUUUUCUUAUUUGUAAGUCUUUUGCUUUUGUCUGUCUUAAUUCCCCAUAUGAAGAUUUUUCCAAAAGAGGGAAAAAAAAAAACCCAACACUAACUAGUGUUGAGAUUACAUUUCUGUUAUGAAGCUUGUCUUAAUUGUUCAAAGGCCUUUCUCUCUUUCCUAAUACAAUUUUCGGAAGCUCUUUGAACAAUGCUGUAUAUAAAAAUAGAGCUCAAGGCUGUUGUGUAGCUAAAUUUAUUGUAAAAACGAGUAGGAAAUGUCUAAUAAGAGAAGCAAUAAAAAGAAUAGAUUUUGAGAUAAGCAUGGCUUCUAGAGGCGAUAUGCCUUUGCAAAUCGGGAAGAGUGUAACCCAACUUCUGCUAUCGGCAUCUCCUUCUUUGCUCAGGUGUGGCUGGACACCACCUGAAGAAAGUGCUGUUUUCAGGCUUGAGCAAACCGCUGUGAGGUCCUGCAAUUGUGGUGGGGCUGGGGAGCAGCUCCUUGCAGCUGGGUACGUUUUUACUUAUAGAUUUACCAAUUAAAAUUCCAGAGGAAGAAUUCAUAAGGUUAGCAUUCUUGCCAGAGGUCCCCUGCUCCCUUCCCCCCACUCUACCAAAAAUAAAAAGCACAUACUACUCUGCUUUAAUAGUGAAAGCUCGAAAAAAUGUAACUGCAGUUGAUUUGUUGUCUGUUAAUAAAAUGAUCAGCCACCUCCCACUGGGUUUCUCUCACCUGUUUUGAAAUACUUGUAUGAGGUGAAGGCUGACUGAUUUUAGCGUAAACUGAAAUUUCAGGAAUUAAAUAAACAUGUUCCAGUCUAAUUCUGUUUAGAUCAUGUCUGUUACUUGUAUUUUGAUUUGUGUCAUACUGUUGACUGUUCCAGUUUAUUCAUUAAAAAAAAACCCUUGCGUUUUGUAGUAUGUGAUCUCACGCAAAACCACACUUUAUGCUCAUUCUGUUAGUAUGUUUUUGCUGUCUGAUUUUUGUGAGCAUAUGUAAUGAAAUUCUAAAAAGAAAACACUUGGAAUUACAAAAUGCUGGGAGGAGAAAAAAAUCUGAAAUUAAAACUACCACAAGUAAAGUUUGCUAUGUAUCAUGAUGACUGUUUUUAUUAAUUAUUGCAAAUGGUCAUGCUUGAUGACUGAUGUAGAGAAGAGCAGACAUGAGAAAUGCAUAUAACCAGGGAUUUUGUUGAUUAUGGUUGGUUUUUUUUAUGGUGACAGUUGUAGUUUGUGUCAGCUGGCAACUCUGCUGAAAGGGUUACAUGGCUGGUUCACUUCUGUCCUUGGUUUAUUCAGUCAUUUAGUAGCCCUUCAGUGGUGGAUGGAUUCUGUAAAACAUUUGGAUUGUGUGAAUAGCAAGACAGCAUGUGCAUGUGGAGAUGCUUGCCUGUGUGAUAUUACAGUGCUGAACAGCGUUACCUGGAAUUGUCAGAUACCAGCAGAUUCUGGACUCCUUAUUAAUUAUGAUAUUCUCAGACAACGUGCUGGUGCAUGUUGCACUUCUCUCUUGUUUCACACAUACACAUGCUGACCUCCUGGAUACAGAUAGCUUUUUAUGACCAGACCAGUUUUUGAGUGAGGGAGAUUAGAAAUCAUUAUAGCAGCUGCAGUGACGUAUGGAAACUUCGAAUGCAUGGUGCAUGCCCCCCACCCCAUAGCAUCUUGAACUGGUUAGAUUACACGGGUAAUUUCAGUGUCUGAUUUUUUUUUUUUCCGCUAAAACGUGACAGUGAGGGAAUUGCUUUUGAUAGUACUAUGGUUUGCCACCUCUUGGAAGUCUCCCCUCUCCCCCCAAAUUUUUUGGGGCUGGCUGUUUUAUGUCUAGAUAGCCUUAAUUUAAGGAAAGAUUUUAAUAGGCAAGGAUACUUGUUUCAAAUCUUUGAAGAUAGGUUAAGCUUUAUUAUAUAGUAAAGGGAGGAAGGAGUUGCCCCUUAAGUUAACUUGUCUUAACUGCAGUUCUCUGACCAGAGCAAGAUUUUUUUCCCCUUUCAUAUUCUAACUGUGCUGAGGCUUGAAAACUGGAUUCUUUAUCUGUAAGCCAUUCUAUAUAAAUGUAGAAACACUUUGUUCUCCCAUCUGUAACUUUAGUACUGGAGGUAGUUCUUCUGCACCUAUCCCUGUUAGAAAUGCAGUGUAAUAGGACUGAAAUACUUUUCCCAGGGGGUGAUCAGGCUAUUAUGUCUGACUUGAUUUGUUCCUACAAAUUACUUAUCACAGCAAGAGCUGAAAAGUUGAACUUGUGUUACUUGUUUCUUUAGGAUUUGUAAGAAAGGGGAAACACCUUUAAAAAUAUAUCCCUAAGAGAUAUGGCAAGUGUAUAAGCUUGUGGUAGGUUGAUAUUACCUUAAAUACCUUAUUGAAUAUUCUCAGCACCAAAAAAAAAAGUUAAAAUCUAAGCUACUGGAUGGGCAAACUGAGGUGGGGUGUGUAUCUAAAUGCUUGUCUCCGACACACAUGAUAAAUGUAAUUAUAGUGGCUUCAUUCAAAAUGCCAAAACAUCAUCAUCAACUCAUUUCUGUGAAUAUCUUGUAUUGCUCAUAAAGCUGAUGAGAAGUAAAGAUUUAAAUCAAGCGAUUUACUGGUACGCAGAGCAGUAUCUUAGAAGUUCAACAGUCACAGGACAGAAAAUCAUCUUUUAUGGCUCAGAUGAAGCAAAGUUUAAGAAUGAAUUGACUCAAGAAACCUUUGUGGAGUUACUGUGUGGCUUUGAAGCUGAUGAUGAGAGUGAUGACCUACAAAUAGAAGGUGUGAAAAUGAAAGAACUCUGUGGCACAUAUAGAGGUUCUCUGGACUGUCAUCCUGACCCCAGAGGGUUGGGCUAACUGUUUUUAAGCAAAUCCUGGUGACUAUAUUUCUGACCUGUUCCUGAAGAUACCUGACGUGGGCAUAUUGUGCGAUUCUAUGCAGGAAAGCUUGCCUUCUGAACAAUAAAGAUAUUGCCUAACCUAACUAUUCCUAGCGAUGAGUUUGAACUACAACUAUUUGCCCAAGAAGAACAGUUUAUGCCUCCUUUUCAAGCUGGUAUGCUUGUGCACUAUUUUAUGUCCCCUCAGUCAGGGACAAUUGGGUCAUUUUGCCUGAAUAGAGCUCGGGGAAGGUGGGACUGGGUAUGGUUUGUGGAAGAGCACUGUGAUCUCCUAGAAAUUAGUCUGUUUCUAGAGAGUCUGAUUUGUUUUUAAAGAUGAGAAUUUUAGUCUUUGACUGUAGUAUACAACAGCUGCAUAACACACAUCUAAGUUCAGGGAAGAAGCUGUGUAGCUGUUUUUUUAAAAAAUACUGUAUUGACACAGCUCAUACUGUGUAUUAAAAGAUGAAGUAUUGAACCAGGGAAAAUGAUGAUCUGACAGAAUUAUUGCUUAGAAACACUGAGCAGGCAGUAUUUUUCUGAAGUAGAAAUUCUCACCUCCUUUUUGUAUAUCCCUGUUCAGAAUCCUACCUACUCCUAUCGUGUGUUUUAUUUCUCUCUGAGCACAGGCGUGGCUGAUCUCUUCUAAUGCUCACUCAAGAAAUAAGUUUUCUAGUCCAUAGUAGUACUGUUGCAGGUUUUUGUUAUAUUGCUGAUCAAAUUCAGAAGCCAUGCUUUUUACCCUAGUGUCUCAUGUGCGUCACUGCAAGUAUUUUUGCAUGACAUCCACCCAUGCCAAUGUCUUAUUAGUGCAUGUAUCCAUGUUGAUAAUUUCUUGGUCUUUGUAGAUGAGGGAGAGAAAAGAAAUCUUUAAUUCUGAAUGGAUGGAUGUUCAUGUGUCACAACAGUAUAUGCUUGCUUUUAGUACCAGACAGGGAUGCAUCUCUCCCAGUGAAUCUGCAGAUUUGAGUUAUUCUCCACAUAAUGUGAAGUAAAAGUCAACAGCUUGAAAAGAAUUAUGUUUGCCUUCUAAUGGUCAUUCUAAACUACAUCUUUGUAAUAACUGUGCCAGACUUUCUGCAAACUUUUGCAUUUUUUUUCUUGCCCGUUGGCUUGUGCUACUGAAGUCAUGCUCUGUAGUUAUUAUGUGAUGCCACUUAUCUGUUCCAUAAUCAUCUUGAACCAGAUGUUUCACUUUUCUUCACUGUCAGAAAUAUCUGCUAUAAAUAGGUGCAUAGUACUGUGCAUUUUUUUUUUUUGCUGUGUUGGUCAUGGUGAAACUGCAUGUUUAAAUUGAUGCUCAUUUUAAGAGCAACAUCUGGUUUAAAUUUUGCAGCCAGCUGCUCACACCUUAAGGAAAACAUCAGGGCUGGAUGACUUGUGAAUAAUUAAAUAUUUGUAUUUUACUAAUCUUUAGCUGCACUUGCUUAACAAGUGUGUGGUUGGGCAAUAAGCGUGAAAUGGUUUCUAUUAGCAACUGUUGCCUAUAUCUUCACUGAAAAUACUGGGAGUAGUUGUGUUUUUGAGGGGCCUGUUUUUCUUUUUUUUUUUUUUUUUAAUUUGUUUUGGGGGGGAACAAGUGAAACAAACCAUUGAAAAUAUUUUUUUAAAACCAGACUUGUAUUUUCAUAAUGUUUGAACACGAUCUUAUUUUAAAUUUCAGGCUUAGUUAAAAGCUAUGUUGUUGUGAUAACAAAGGUUCAGCAUUCAGAGGUGUGCUUCACAGAAUAGAAUUCAAAUUCUUUGAAUGGAAGAUGAUCAUAUUAAUAUGAAUAUAUGAUAACAUUUCUGGUUUUGUCUAGAAAGGGAUAUAUUUCCCAGUAUCCAUCGGCAGGCACAAAGGGGAAGUUGGUGUGCUAGCAAGUUGUCAACAAAAGGGAUGGGGGAAAAAAAAUCAAGAGUAUCAUGGGAUGGAAUACUUGGCCAUCUUGGUCAUUCAGGAAGCAUCUAAAGAAACUGAAGUAAUGUAGGAUUUGGUCUCUUUUGAGCUAUUCCAAGCAAAUCUUGCAAGUUGGAAAAAUUCCCACCAAAUACACUAGUUAGUAAGAUAACAGCUUUUGCAUGGAGGUCCUCGUAUAGCAUUGACAAACACUGAACUCCUCAAACCUAUGUCCUUAGUUAAGCUUAUGAAUGAAUUCAUAUGUGAGAGGUGUGAUAUGCAAAUACACGUAAUUAGUGGCUACAUUUAUAAUACCACUAAUCACUUAUCAGUGCAUAAUUCUUUCUAAAUCAGUUGAAUGUCUCUUCAGAAGCUUGAGGGUAUUUCCUUAGGUGCUUGAUAAAGGAAAUACUGACUUUUCAACAAGUAAAUUAAAAUAACAGUGUUCUGCUGGAUGCUGUUUGUGCUUUGAAUAUGUGUGCUAGUAUUAAUCAGUUUGCACUGUGGUUAGUAAUGAGCCUCAAAAAUUAAGUCUGCACUUGACAUAGUCCCUAGUGAAUAAAAAAAAAACAACCCUGAGAUUGUUGUUGGUAAUUGGCACUUUCAAUUUAUCUCUGACAAUAGCAACACCAGCCUUCUUCAGGAUGCCAGCUCCCUAAAUAGGCAGAUAUUUUAUUGUAUGAAAUGACAGGCGGGUGAAGUGUCUGCUGGGGUUGGGGGGGGGGGCAACAGCCGAAGUCAGUGUGCUGUGGUUGCAGCUGAGCUGGAGCCCUGGCUGGGAGAGCUCUACCCCUCUGCUGAAAUUCCUCAGGGAAGGAAGGAGUGGACGGGAGGCCUCCCUCCCCACAAGCAGCUGUGGAAUGAGAAUGAAAUCCAAUGUUUAUUCUUUCUACCGGAAACUAUAGGAAAUGUAGCACUCAUGUAAGUUGCAUAAUAGUAUUUGCAGUUGUGAUAGGGAGAGCCCGAGUAGGGCGCGAGGAGAGCCUGCUGUUAGAAACCCUGAUGCUCCCAGAGAAGAAAAACUGCAGUGUGGGCUGCAAAAGGGUUGAAUUGCUUUAUCAGGGAGCUGCCCUGGUUCUUUAAGGGAAUCUUUUUUUCUGGUUUGUGACGUUUGGUCAGUAUGUGCCAGUUAAAGCAUUCUGGGGGAGGAACUGUUAGUGCAAGCAGAGAGGAUGUGCCCUGUGGCUGGGGUGAGGAACUGGAAGUGGCCGAUUUGUUUCCACUCUGCUGCUGCUCUGCUGCCUAGUGAAGGCAAUCUUGUGGUGGAAGUUGUCUGUGAUUUUUUUUUUUUUGGGUCUCGUGAGUUACUAGAGUGCUACUAGUUGUCCUCUCUCAUCCACUGUUAUCAGCUCCAGGAGCCUGGCUUUGCUUUGUGCUGCUUGGGUGUCUUGACAGGUUGAAAUGACUGAUGAUACCCAAGCUCUACAUCUUCACAUACAGGACAUGCAAGUGCUAGCCUUGGUCAAACAGGUGCAAUAUGAGCAUGACUCUUAAUAUUAACGCUGCUUUAGCUGGGCGAUCCCCUGCCUCUCUGGAACUGCUUAGAAACUGCUAGUUGAGGAAUAUCAAAUGGGUCCCAUUAAGACCUUCUGUAAUACAGCAGCUGGAGAAGGCAAAAAUACCACUUUCAGAAGACCUAACUACUUUCUCACAACUGGUUUAUGGCUGUGGGAAGAAUGAACCUCUGGUUCUUUGUCUGAAAUCUAUGUGUAAUUUUAGUGAAAGUACACUGAUGUCAGGCUGAUGCUCAAAGUUGGAACCUCCUUCCUGGUUUUCUUCAGCUGUUUUCAGUAGGCAGAAAGAUGGGGACGAAUGCUUUACUUAUGAAUGGGAAAGUCGUGUCUUCUAGCAGUUACAAUAGUAAUAGCACCAAGGCUACUGUAGAAGAUACCUUUGUGUAAUGAAAACUGAAAUGUACAACAUCUUUCUUAUACCAUGAAAGAAACCUCUUAUGACUGUUAUCCUAUUUAGAUGUUUCUUGGAAAUGAUGUAUUUCAGUAACAAUGUUAUAUAGCAAAAAUUCCUCUGAAAAAGAUAUGUGGAUCGUAUAGUAGAAAAUUAGUACAGAAGGUGGCAUUACAUUUGAAUAAGAAACCUUUAAUUGCCUCUUAACUGUGAGGUACCAUGGUGUGUCUUGCUCUCCUGUUAGGUACAGAACACGUCUGUUAGAUUAUCUGCUUGGGUAGAGAGUCAAAAAGCUGUAUUGACAAGCUAAGUGCUGUAUUUUCCCCAGGAGUUUCUGCCCGAAGAGUUGCAUGUUGUAGCCAGAACACCCCUCGAUAAUGUGUGACUUCAGUGAUUAUGACUGGUUUGGUUUGGGUACGUUCAAUAUACUUCAGCUGCCUGAUAAAUUGGCCUGCUGGAACUCUCUAACUUCUUGGCUGGCGUUAAGAGCAUGUAAUUCUGUGGUGAAGGAGCAGCAUGCAGUUCAAUACCACAUAAGUACACAUCAAUUAAAAAGUGCCUAGAUAUGGGCAGGGAAGCUUAGUCAAAUAUUCCUUUGGGGGGCGGGGAGGGAACUAAGCAUGUCUGUUGUAGAUAAAGCUGUUUUUUUUGUGACAGUCUGGAGAGCCAAAACAUUUGGGAAAACCAUUCCUGGGAUGUCAGGUUAACCUUCUUUUUUGUGGGUUGCAUUCAGAAGCCUGGUUAGACACGAACAGUGAAGGUGCUAGAGGCUAUUCUGAGAAGCAUAGUUCUGUAGGCAGACCACAGGUGUUUUCUUCCUGGAAUCCAGCAUUUACCUUCCCUUUUUUUUUUUUUUUUGGUGCAGAGUUGCUUCUUUGGCAUCUUGUGUUUGUAAAUACAAUUUUUAUGGAAUUUAGGAGAUAGUCUUAUGCUUUGGGGAUGUGUUGAGAAUCAAAAAUUGUUUAAAGAACUUGCUUAGCAGACACCUUGAUUUAAAAACAACACACCCACUUGAUUGUGAUGCUAUUCAGGGAAAUGAUUCAGUGCAGUUUCGGUGGGUUUAAACAAUGGCUUAGUGGCACACCUAUUAUGUAGAAAGCUGACUUUCAAAUAGGAUGCCUGUUUUCUGCAACUCUAUACAUAGCUAACAGCCACAAGGCAAUACUUGGUAGUUGGUAUACACGUCCUGUACAGAGCAUGCUUCAUUGAAUACUAUUUUCCCAUGUGCUGAAGGUUACCAGGUGAACUGGAAAUAUUGGAAUGAUUUGUUGGAUCCUUCAGGUUUUGCUUUCAGAGCUGCUUUAUCUUGCAGUAAAACAUAACUAGGAGUGUAGUCGAUUCACACAUAGUAUGUGCAGUCAAGUCUGAAAUGGUACACUUAGAUUUUUUUUUUUUUCUCACUCUACACACAGGUUGUAAUAGCACGCUAGCUCAUUUAUCUGUAUCUCUUUGUUCAUGGCCAGUUUGAGUUGCAUAUAGUAAAAUACAUUGUGGAGAGCUUAUGGUCUUGAGCUCAGCUCAUAGUCUUCAGUUUUGUGCUUAAAUUUGUGUUCAGAAAUAGUAGAGCUGACAGUGAGUGGCAGCCUGCAGUGAUGAAGCUGUGCUCACAACACACCUUUACAUAGAGCACUGACACCUCGCUAUAAAAUCCCUAGCUGAAGUCCCUCAUACAGUGUGAAUUUUGACUGCUUUACCCCUGCCUGUGUGCAUGUCAGGCACACAUCUGAGAGUGACUGUGCUGUGGAUGGGUACUGUACAAAUGACUCAGUUCCUGUUCCUUCGGCUGAAGCUUCGUUAGGAGUUCUCAAAAAAGUAUUUCAGAAUGUGGAUGUGGUCAACAUAGUCAUUUUCCAGGCAUCUUAAAGGAAACCCACAUCAACUGUGAAAGUGAACUUUGAACUCUUCUGUCCUGCCACCAACAGAACUUGGGCAGUGCUGGAUGGGAAUGCUUGUUUGCUUCAGCCCAGAUCUUCUCUUGCCACUGUGUACUUCUUGCCCUUGAGAUUAACUGCCCAGUUAUUUUUCAGGAGAAUUUCCAGUGAUGCAUCUGUGUAUGACUGAUUCACUACUCUGCUGGUGGGACAUCAACUAGACAGGUAGUUAGAAACAGCUUCUGACAAAUUUAGGCCCCAUUUAGUUGUUCAGCACACUUAAGUAAUACUGAAAGUAGUUAAACUCACUAGAACAUGUAGUGUUAUUUCCCAGUUACUAUGGCAAAUUGUGGUACAAAACACUUUACUUGUACUGUACCUCCUAGGAUUUAAUAUAUAGCCUUAUUUGAGUAAGUUCUCUUGAAGGCAUCAAUUAUUAAAAGAGGGUCUGUUUUGAGGUGUCAGAUGGAUUACUUUUACUGAAAAUGUUUAUCUUGUACUCUGAAUCUUUGCCUGUUUAGAAUGGCUUAUUUUUAAGCAACUUUACCAUAGUCUUCAUGACUUAUGCAGUGGAUUUUUUUUGUACAUAUACCAGUUGUGAUUAUGUAUACAUUAUGCAAGCCAUGAAUAUACCAGGAUCUAGUCUUUGAAUGGUGUUAUCUUCAAAUGACUCUUUUAAUACACUUCCUCUAGUUUAAUGAUAUGUGCAACUGUGCCAUCUAAUUGUUAUCUUGUGCUGAUGUUUGUAUUCAUAUAGUGCUCUGGAUUUCCCUGUUGGUUACCCAGCGAUGCUGCAUGAGGCGUUCUGCCAACAAAGGGGAGAUGUUUCCCCGGAGAGCCUUUAGAAUGCUAUUCCAGUGGGAUGGUGAAGCAAGUCUCCAAAUGGCAGCAUACGCUGCAUUUAGAAGAAAAAUGCUACUGUGCAGAUGACAGGGAAAAUGUUUUGAGCAUGUGUUGGAAAAUAUAACUCUCAGGUCUCUUACCUGGAAACCUGUGCAUUCCGUACAGAGUGAACCAUGCUGUUUAGGUAUAAAGCAAUUAGAGUGGAAAAGCUGUGUUAUCCGUAACUCUAGAAGUUGUAAAUGAGUGGCUCUGUGUUCAGCCUUCCUUACGGUUUUUGACAGCAAUAAGGAAUUGUUUUGUGCCUUACUUCACAUGUUAACAGUGGUAGCAGUGAGUCUCUUACAAGCAGAGAGAGAAAAGGAGGUAAGACUUGAUCUGAAGGAGAUCAUGACAUUUCGCGGACGUAUGAUGGGAAGUCAAGAGUGCCUGCCGUCCUUGAUGCCUAUCGGAAGUGUUCAUGUCCAUGUUUUUGUUUGGGCAUCCCCCCUCGCCUUUAGAAAAGGGUGAGGAUUAAUGAGACUGGCAAUUUGAUAGUGGUUUCUGUAUUACUGCUCUGCAUUGCAAAAUAUCAGGUGUAUCUAGACUUUACCAAAUGGUUUAUCAGGACAAAUCAACUUGAUGUUUUUAAAAUAUGCUUUCAUAAUAGUUAGAAUUUUAAACUACUAUUAUACUACACAGACAUCUUUCUUUUUUCUUCUUCAUCUGAUAUUAAGAAUGAAAGUAUGCAGUGUGAGAUCUGAAUUUAUUGUGGCCACGUUUAAGUUUUCUUAAUGUCAUCUUGACCUGUAGUAGGAAUCUAGUUCUAAAGGUUUUGCCUCAAAGAUUAAAUUUAAUUGCAAUGAUGGAUCUGACACAUUUCUGACUGUUGUGCAGUUUAUUCUGCAGUGAAUGUAACUUUCCAUCUUAAGGUAACCUUGCUUUUAGACAAACUACUGUGAAUGAGUAUAGAACACUUUGUCACUUCUGUGCUUGUUACAGAGAUUGCUGCUGAUUUUUCUUUUAAAAACAACUUGUGUACUGACAUACUUGUGUCACUAUGUCUUGCAGCUGUAGAGAGCUGGAGACCACUGAACUCAUUAAACCAUCUCUGUUCUAAAGUGCAAUCUUCAUUCACAAUACUGAUAUGAAUGUGAAAUGGUUGGUCUGUAUCCUCUGCUUGCUAAUUCAAACUUACUGUUGCUUUUGAGUUUUUUGUUUGUGGAAUGUUUAUAGCAUUCAGAUGCUCAGUAAGUGUUUGGUGGAUUGUCCUUGCAUCCUGCUUGGAUGCUUGGUCUUUAAAACUUUACCUUUUGAGUAUACUUUACCAUCAUUUCUUCAUGAUGUAUCUUUUGUAAUGAAAAAACCCUUUUGGGUAGAAAGUUACUGAGCUAGAUUAGACAUGAUUCCAAAAGGCUUUCUUAUGAAACGUAAUGUGGAUAAUGCAGCUGCUUGAAUAUUCCCAGAGGAGUACCUAGGACUUGCUCAUGCUCUGCAAUGGUAUUCUUAGAAGUAAGGAUAGGUAAUAUUUGCAUUUAAGAUAGUGUCCUAUUAAGGAGCUGAAUUUAACAGUGACUGAGUGGGCACUGCAGUAAAUCAAACUGCAUGAAAUAGGUUGGUUAUAGCCUAUGUUUAUAUAACAGCCUGUAGUCACAGUUUGGUUUGAGGUUGUUUGGUUUUUAAGUAUGUGCUGGGAACUGGGGAUAAUGGCUUCUCAGCAGAGUUCUCCCCUUGGAGACCAAAAUCCUCUCUGUGUUUACCAUUGGCACUUCAUGCAUCCUUGAGGUUGAGCUUAUCUGGACCAGGUCAGGAGUCCUCAUGAGAAGCUGCAGUUAAGUAAGAUCUGCUCUUGUAAUGCAGUGUUUGUAGCAAGCUUCUCAAAUUGCAGAAUGAGUUUAAUCACUGUCCACUACUACACACUGUAGUAAUGGAGUGUUAAUCUCCAAGUUUUGAUAUCAAAUGUUCCUUAAUAUAUUAUUCAAAACUGAGACUGCCCUGGGAUUGGCAUAGUCUACUGUUUUGUCAUAACUUGAAUCUGUACAACAUUAAAUAUUACUGGUAUUUUAUACUAUUUGGGAUUUCCCUUCAAGAAUCCUUUUUCAAACUCACUGGUAUGCUAGUCUUUAUUCUUUUCUCUGUAUUGUGAAUUCCUGUCACCAUAGUCUCUGCCUGCCCUGAAAAAUUGCCUUCCUCAUUCUAAGAUGAAGGACAAUAAUGCUUCCCAUUUGUCUGUUGUGGAUAUGUUUUUGAAUCUCAGUGUUCCUGAGAUUUUUGAGGUAUCUCAUCCCAAUGAACUGGAUACUCAAGUGAACUAGUUCUUGGUUCUUUCCAGUUCCAAUUUAUACAUCAACAGUCUUUGGCUGAUUUUUAUCCUUGUCUUGGAGAUAGUCUAAAAACAGUUCACGUUAUAGAAAAUCUAGAAGAUAAUCUUGGCAAGGUUCUGAGUGGGUAAAACAGCCUGGAGAUUGUAUCUACUGUGGGAGAAUAUGCUUCUCCAGCUGUUGCUUCCUCUGUUCUGUUUCAUGGUAGUUACAUCACCUGCACAAAAUAUUUCUUCAAGUUCACUCUUCUCUUCUAGGUUCUGUAUUAGCCCUUUUUGAGAAAGGGAUAAAGUAAAAGCUAAAUCCUCGUACUAUGAUGUGGUCACAUACUUUUUGACCUAUUAAGUUUGUGGCUUUAUGGUUUUUCUUCAGUAUCCUAUUUGUCUCUCUCUUCUAGUAUUAAGUUGCUAAACUAUGCCAAAGUCCUCUUUGUAUGUUAUAAGUAGCCUUUAUCAGCAGUAGCAGUAUUGUCAGCAUCUCUUGUAUCCUUGAGACUUACCCCAGAUUUUUGUGCCCUUUUACCUUAUUGUGGCGUUUUCUAAAAACUUACUGAUUAGCAGUCAGUACAUGUAGUGUGCUUCUACACUGAUGGGUGCAGCCACUUGUUUUACCUAACUCUUCAUUUUCUGUAUGAUCUCAAGCAUGAGUGGUAGGCCUGGCUUUGAUUCGCAUGUGUUGCUCAAAUGUUGAUAGCCUUAUUAAAUGGCUCAGAUGAUGGCUUGUGUUGGGGCAUCAAACUCAUUUUUCACUGGGGGCCACAGCGGCCUCAUGGUUGCCUUCAAAGGGCCAAAUGUAAUUUUAAGACUGUGUAAAUGUAACUUCUCCUACAUGAGCUGUGGGAUAAACUUCUACAUUUCCUACUUUUCCUACAGUCCUAAAAUUACAUUUGACCCUUUGAAGGUAACUGUGAGGCUGAUGUGGCCCCCGGUGAAAAUGAGUUUGACACCCCUGGCCUAUGUAGUAUGGUCCCAGAUCCAAAUAGGUCUUUCUGCUUAAAUGCUUAAAGAAUGUAAAAUAGUAGUGAUAUCCCUCUCUCUUCCCCUGGCAGUGCACUUGUUUGUUCAUGUUUACCUAAUCUCAUCACCUCAGUGCAAGUGUAUAUGUAUCUGUAUAUUUAUGUGGGGAGGGGGCAGAGGAUCUUCAUGUAAGUGGUUGUUUAAGACAUACACAAUGUUCUUGUUUCCCUGUGGAUCCUCUGUUCUCUGUGUGUUUUAAAACUUCAUUGCUGGUUAACUUGGAAAGCUAGAUCUGUGUGACUUUUCCCACAGCAUGCUUGGGAGUACAAAUUUAGAGCAAGGAAAUGUAGUAUCUUCAAAAGCAUUUAUCAGCUUUGAUGCCACCGUGUCCCUUACACAUCACUGUUUGAUUUCUCUGAAGUCAAAUACAGAAUAUUGCUUAUCUAGAGCUGGGUGUAUUGGUGUUUGUAACCAGCAUGUGACUUGCUGGUGUGUAUUACUUCAUGCACAUUUAAUAUCGGUAAAUAUUAGCCCUGAUUCUGUAGAGCAGAUGUGUAUUUUUGGGAAGUUUCUUACUAUGUUGUACCUGUUGCUCUUCUGCUGGGCCUAUUUCUCAUCACCAUUUCUGGUUUAAAGGAAGCAAAAUCAUGUGAGCUGUGGGAUAAACAUAUGCGUUUAGGUCUCUCUGACAUAGUAGCAUGCUGUUUUCAUGUGAUAAUCUUCAGGCAAGAUAAAAUGUAUCCCUGGCUUUCAGAUUUCUCUUGUAAAGAAUUCUUAACCCUUUAAGAAUUGCGGUCCUUAUUUUUGUUACUGUGAGGUGCUUCAUUUUCUAAAUAAUUUGGAGAACACUUAACUACAAUACCAGUUCUGGUUUAAUUUCAAAUUUUCUGAAGACCUUAACUUCCAGAUUAUAGUACAGAUACCGUUAUGUUUAGAUCUCCAGGCUUCUGUGGGCAUUAAUAUUCCCUAAUGACUUUUUUUAGGUAUCCACCUUAUUACUGUCUUUUUGUUGAAGUUGUAGAUUCUGCAUUUUCUUAAUCUAUAUUUGGAUGAUGUAACACUCAGACCUUCCUAAUGUAUUGUGUAACUUGGCCUUUGUUUCAAGAGUAGUGCUGGCUGCUGUAUAACAGGUGUGACAUUUUGGGUGGACUUGUUCUUUUUGUUGGAUGCUCCUAGCAUUUACCAGGGGGAGGAAGGUGGCUGUUAUCUUACUGCAUGUCUCGGAGGGUGAAAGCAAGUCCCUCUGAGUCAUAAGGCAAAACAAAGCCCAAACCAUGCCUAUAGUCCAGGUUCCCCAUCACACAGGCUUACAACUAAUUAGUCAUUAUAUCUUUUUCCCAGCUAACUCAGGUCUGCUUGCAGGGGGCAGAGUUCCCUGUAGAAUAAUAGGAUGAUCAGACACAGUUUAAGUUCUCAGCAUAAAUGUAGUUAACUUCAUAUUGCACUUAGUUGGGAGUGGGGGGUGUUUACCUUCCCCAGCCGAGUUUUUCACAGGAAGGAAGUUAGGGCAGGGUGGGGAAAACGGGACAGUAAAUGAAUUUAUAUUCACCACCCUCCUAUUGCUUAUUAUGGUGUGAUACAGGACUAGGUGGCUUUGUAGCAUUUCCAUAAUUAAAUAAUCAAAUGCCAUAUGUUGGAAAGUUCAAGUAACACAUGAACACUGUUUUCUUCUGGAGUACUAACUGCAGUUGGAAGAGUAGCUUUGAAGUAGAUCCUUGAAGACUAUACAGAAGGAUCACACUGUCAGUGCUGGGAAUUGCUGUUAGGAAUUGUUGCCACUUGACUUGUUAUCCUGCUUUUGUACCAAACUUGUCUCAUCCCUGUCAUGCUUUCACUUAUUCACUAGGUUGCCAUUUCACAUUGAUACUUUCUUUCCCCAAUAUUCUCUGCACAUAGGUAUCCAGCAUAAAUAAAUGACCAUGCUGGUAAAGAUGAGGGCCCCUGUUUUCCACACAGAUUGGGUACUGUGCAUGGUAUCUUGGAAUUGAAUUGUGUACGAGAGACAUAGUAGACCUUUGAGAGCCUGACCAUCAAAGAUUAUGUGCUGUAGGGGUACUGAGAUGCUUGUUUAAAUUCAGCAAGCAUCAGAAUUUGGUAGCAUUUAGUCUUAAAAUCUCAGCUGAAUCAUGUGCACUAAAAAUAUACUAUUUUGUGCUUAACUCAUUUAGUUUCUACUUAUGUCUCAGUUGGAUUGCUAGUCAAACUGGUAAUAUUUGGUGUACUGGGUGUGUGCUGUUGCAAGGUGCAUGCAUGCUGUUUAGAAAAUGAAAAUUAAGCUAGCUGAAGAUGUAAUAAAGUUCUUUGCUUGUUGAAUCUUAGCAUCUCUAUUACAACAAUGUUGAUGUGCUGUGAGCACCAACUACUUGCCUCUUAAAUGGCUGGGUGGGCUUCUUUCUUACGUGUGCCACACCCUGAUGUAUGUCCAUAAUACCAAUGUGCAGUAAGUCUGGCAAACCUAUUGCACAGGGGAUGCUUACUCAUGGGCUGUGGCUUGUGCCAUUUUGUAGGUCUGGGUUAAAGAGAGGGACUUAGGGGCAUGCAGGUUAAUGGGAGAGAGAAGAGAGUUCAUUUUCCCUUCCCAACUUUUUUCCACUUCGGCAAUCUGCUGCACUAUAACCCUGCCUGAGGCUUAGAAACGCUGGUUUUGUGUCCACACAAGCAAAUCUAGCUGCAGGUGUUUGUCAUAUGGUAAGUGUGCAGAAAGCUACUUCACGUGUAUCUUAAAAAGAACUGAACUGGAAUCCUCUGGCAAGGUGUUUGCUUAACACUGUGGACCUAAACAGAAACUUCAUUGCCACUGUUUGCUGUCUUCAUAUAAAAUUGCCUCACUGCUCAUAAAACUGUGAUUUGGUGAAUAAGCUAAUUCAGUUUCUCGUAUUACCAUCCAGUGGACGGUUAAAACACACUAGGCUAUAGGCACUUAGUAUAAUAAUAGCUGACAACUGAAUACUACUUGCUUGAAGGACAGCAUAGUCCUGAUGCGGACGUUAUAGAAAGGAAGAUCGUUACUUUUUAGCAUACAGAAACCUACAGCUUAGGAACUUUAAUUCAUGCUUAUACUAUUUUAUGGAAGCUUUGUGCUAUUUUUCAAUAGCACAGAUAUUCAACAGCUCAGAUAGUCAUUCCAUUAACUUCAGUGGACAGUUUGCUUAACUCUAUAACUAACUCAGAGUUAUGUAGACAUUAAUAAUAUGUUUAUCUGUGGAGUUUUUUGCAUGCUAGAAAAAGUAAUUGUUUGCAGCAUCUUUUAUGGGUUUUUACAGUUAAGCCUCUUUAUUUGUAUCAAAUCUUUCAAAGACUGCAUCUGUGAAGUCAGCUCAAAAAUAGUCCUGGUUAAAGGUAGCUGCGUUUGCAUUUAUCAGCAAUUAAGUUUUGAAAACAAGCUACUUAUUUGGCCUCUGAGAAUGCAAAUGGCUUUGCCUUUAGGAAGUUGUUUUAGAAAGUUGUGCCAACUCUAUACCUCCCUGGGCUUGCUUAUACUAGUGUGCUCUGGCAGAGCAAUUUAAAAAAUGUCUUGGGCAGGAUUUUAAUAAAUCUAUUUAGCCCAAUCAGAAGCUUCACUUAAUGGAGCAAUAUAUAAAUAGUUGCGGAGAGUCAAGUGACCAUCAGCUGGUCUGAAGGGGUUUGACCACCCCAGUCACAGGGUCUGAGGUAUGCGGGAGCUGGGAUCGCCGAAAACACGCUUUGCUGCAGAGAUAUCCCGGCUCUGGCGUAAUUACGUAACUGCAGAGGAAUUCAUGGCCGUAAGAAUGUGUUUUAAUUAGACACCUGUAUUUAAUGUUGGUUUCACCUUCUGUAUCACUACUGUGGGCUUUUCCAAAAAGAAAAAAGGUUACUGCCUCAGUUAACUUUCCCAUUUCAUUAAGUAGUGCAUAUUGCAACAGAGAGCUGAACUCCACAAUUACACAUGUCCUUUAUAAAGUGUAUGCCUGCUUGGUUGAAACAAUGCACUGAUCUGUUUUACUGAAUUCAGACCUUAAGACAUAAUGGCUCUUUGCCUAAGUUCAUAUUAGGUAAUAAGAAGUUCUUGGCAUGCUUGGUAAAUACUGGAAUUUCAUUGUAUUGUGCAUUAAGCAUGGAGAAAUAUUUCUUCAAUUGCAGUGCCAGUGAACUGAAAUACAAGUGUUUUGGCUGUCCCUGGUGAUGGCUUUAUUAAACCUCGGUGGAACUGUCAGCUCUGAACUUGCAGAGAUGCUGGCUUGCUUUCUGUUUGGGAAGUUACUGAAGCCAACAGCCAGGUAAUGACUUCUUUAUUGAAAGCAUCCCCCUGCCCCAGUUGUAAGUAUCACAAUAUGGAUUCUAAGCAAACUGGUGGGAUGGCACCUAUUUCUUUUUGUUUGUUUCCCUUGACACCUGUGGCAGUGCUGUCCAGAACUUAAAGAUUUCACCAAAUUCGUAACUUAAUUACAAGAUCCAUUGUUCAAAUCCAAGUAAUUGGCAUUCUUCCUUCCCUGCCUUCCUUGCUUUUUAUACUGAAUAGUUUAUCCCCCUUUUCAUUACAGACUUUUAUGUUUGUCAGUGCCAUCCCUAUCCUUAUAAUGUAUUAGCCUAUGAUGUGAGACUCUUGCCACAGCAAAGCUGUCUGGCUCAGACCUGUUCUGUUUUCUGUCGAUUCAACAGCUGGACCUUUGAUUAAAAAAUUGAGUUAUUGGCUUUAUUCAAACUGGAAAAAAUACAGUAGUGUAUAUAUAUCGGGUACCUUUCUUGCCUUGAUUGAUCUACUUAAAGAACAUUCAAUCAUACUGAAUAUGUCUUGAUUCAGCAAGUAAAGGGUAGGUGUCUGUUAGGAGGUGAUUCACAAGUACUAUAGUCACCUGCCUCUGUUAUUUGAUGCACAGCACACACCCUGUGGGGGGGUGUUCUCAUUUUCACUUGAUCUUAUGGUGGACUCAGCUACCUCUUAGAUUUUUGGGGAAUAAGCCUUCAUAUUAGUACAGUUCACCGGUGUCAAAAGCUUCACUUGUCUGUAUUAUCGAUGACAGAGUAUAAGUUUUUCUUUUCUAGUAACUUGGUAUUUCUUCCUUUCAUGAAGCAGUAAGUAUCCUGUCUGCAUAAAUAUCUAAACCAGGCAUUGCUUAACUGGGUUUGAGGAUCCAGGCUUUUGGUACUGCUUGAGACUUCAAGUUAUGUGCAUGUGAAGCAAGUCCACUGUAUUAUGACAGAGCUCCCUCCUGCAUCUCUGAGGUGUUCACAGACCACCUCCCUUUCUUUUCCUGCAAGAGUCCUGAACUUGAAAUGAACCCUGUGUCUUCUGGGGGAGUGGGGUGUUUUUGCUUGUUUGUAUGUUUAGUUUUUUGGUUUUGUUUGGGGUUUUUUUGUGGGUGCAUGUGUGUACCUUGCUGCCUCAGUGGUCUGCAGGUGGUUAAGUGAUGCUGCUUGGUGGCUGCCCCUCAACAUAGCCUGCCCUGGAGGGAGGUGGUGUCUGGGUCCAAGGCUCUACUCCUCCCCUUGCUUGCUCCUAUAGUGGUUGCAAGGGGCCUGGCUAAAAUUUGAAAAUGACCUAGUUGAUAAUGUUAAUAAAUCAAAAUGGUUUUGUUAGAUAAAAAAUACUAAUUUAAAAGUAUCACUUGUAACACCAAGGGUCUUGCAAAGCUUCUGUCUGAGCCUCUUGGCCUCUCAUUGAAGACACAGGGAUGGUGCUUUCUCCAGCUCAUUCCAGAGCUUGCUUGAGGGUAGGAGGGGAGAUACUCCCACUGCCUGCAAGCCAACAGUGCCUGUGGUGGAGGAGCUUUGUCCCCAUAUGGGGCAGGGUAGGAUGAACCUUCCCUGCUGCUGGGCUGUAACUGGGAGGGAAGUGCUGCUUGCUCCGAGGUUGUGAAAGGCCAACUCCAGGCUGGAGCGUGGUGCCAAUACAGAAGAGGACUAUAUUGGGUUGUCUUGAGGAGGACUGAAGCCAGGGAAGUGUAAAAGCCUAUAAAAGGAGGGAGAGUGGGACAAGUUGCAGUAAAUGAAUAGUGAAUUCUCCAGCAGAGAAAUACCAGUAUUAUUUCUUGAGCUUCAGUGCUGUUGCUCUCAUGCCUCAGUGUUAUGUACUUAUUUCUGGCAAACUACUGUCAGUUGUGCAAGCUUCAGAGGUUAGCACAGGUACUGCAUAGGGAUUAAAUAAUGUUGAUCCAUGCUUAAUAAAUGCUGUUUGUGAAACUGUAUUGUGGUGAAGUUCAGCAGGGCAUGCAUGCACCUCUUGUGCUUCUCUUAUAAUGGGAGUGUAAUAGGAACCACGCUUUUUCCAGAAGCAUUUGAUAGCAAGCUGUUCCAGUUAUUUCCUUUCCAAUAGACUAGUCUUUAGCCACUGAUAUUAUUGCUAUAAUCUAGUCGAAGGUUAGUGGUGAAACUGCUCUAAAAAUGAUUAAACAAAAAUACUCUUAUAGUUGAUCAUGAUUCUGUGUUUAAAAAAAAAUUAAAAUUUGUCGGGUCACUGACAGUGUUAAAAUAGUCUAUCAUUGAAGUUGAAAGUCUUGCUGGUUCCCAAAUAAUGUUUUAUUUAAACAAAAACUUGAAAUAUUUAAUGAACAGUUCUAACUUAAUAGCCACUUUUUGUUUGUCUUUACUGAGACAGACUUAUUUCUUGCAAUGUAAAAUCUUAAUGCUUACUCAGAGACUUCAAGGAGUUACCCAGAGUAUAUUUCACUCACCAUUGGAAGGCCAAGCUAAGCAUGUAUCCACUGGGAUAUUUCUCAGAUGUGCUGCACUAUGCUAUAACAGUUCCUGAGCUGAUAGAGAGGAGCCAGGAUUCCCUCACUUGACACCAGAGAUUAAAGGAUUUGAAAUCACCGUGAAGGGAGCUUUUAUGUGAAGACUCUAGAUGCUGCGCUGAUUUCUAUUAGAAGUUAACUCUAAGCAGUUCCCCUCCUUCUCUCUACUAGAUUAUGUAGGAAUUGUACUUUUUCUCACUGCAAUGUGGGAUAUAUUUCCCCAUUUCAGGAUUACUUCUAUGCAUUUAAGCUUGCUUUUAUUUACUUGAAUGCCCUUCCUGACAGUGUAACAGCUUUUUUUUUUUUUUUUAAUAAUUCACAGCUUCUUGUACAAUACUGUUUGAGGAUUAAGGAGAAACUUAAGGUGACUUUGGUUCUGCUAUUAUUCUACUUUGCAUUUGUGAGCAUUUUUUAUCUGCGUUUGGGAACAGGUCUUUACUAAUACACAGGGAUGAAACAGGUUAUUUCAAAAUAAAGAUGUAGGAAUGCUGCGUGCUUGUUAAUUAUAAAACAUAAUGACUGCAUACAUGAGGUGACUGUUCUGGCAACACACUUUCCUGUUUACUGUCUACAAGAAAUCUGUGUAAUACCAACUGUAGAAGAUUCUUUAAGAAGGCUUAUCUUCAGAACUGCUGCAUAUGCUGAUUUCUUUUUUUCUAAUUGUUUCUGCAGAUCCUGUUGGAUUAAUGCUGUGGAUCGGCCAACAUGGAACCUGUAGUUGCUCAUCAAUCGCUCAGUAGUCAGUGUAGAUCCUGUCUUUACAAUCAGCAGCUACAUCUGGCUACUGGGUCUCUGAUGACAACUCGUAUCUUCUAUCUAGACUUCUUGUUGGAUUUUUAUCUUCUCUCAUGGGUGCAGAGCAAGUUCACGGUACUAACAAGCUGACAGCUGAGGUGUGGCCCUAAAUAAAGGAUUUUAUAUGUGUUGGAUCUAAUUCACACUGGGAAUCAGAUUAAAUACCUGGAUGCUGUGUAUUGGAAAGCAAUAGUCUUUUCUGUAGCCUAAUCUUGGGGCUUGUAGUAGUCAAAACUGAUGGGAAUGAUAUUUAGCAAGUUUGAGCUAAGAUAGUUGGACUUCGCUAUUGUCAAUGAAGAAACUUUAACCUCUCCUGCAAACGAUGGGUUUUGAAACGGGCAUCUUGGCAGAUCAUGUGACUACUGCGCAUUAGGGGAGGAAACCUACUGUGAAGUGUGAUGUGCACAGCUGGCUUUUGUCGAAUGCAUAGGAAGACUGUCCAGGUUUGGGGCAUGAACCUGGCAUACAAUGUAGAUUUCUGUGUUUGUUAAGCAACAGCUACAUUGUCUGCUGGGUUUCCAGCUGCCUGGAAAUACAAAGUGGAGGGGUAUCUACAUUUUUUUUUUUUUGGUCAAGUUACCUGCCUUGUAUCUCUGAGGAAGACACUGCAAUUGAGGUCUAAUUGCUGCCUCCCCCUCUGUUCUCGUGCAAGGGAUCCAGCUGUUGUCAACUAGAGCUGGAAGCCAGGCUAGAUCUGAAACUAGUUAGUAAAUAAAAAGUUCAUGGGAUUGAAGUGUUCAGACACCUGAGCAUGGGUAGCUCUUGAGCAGAAGCUGAUGCCUGCUGCCUGCAUAGCCAUUAGUUUGCCUUGGUAACACUGUUUUGUUCCUUUUGACUUCAGAUGGAGAACUAUAUAUGUGUGUGCUGUAGAGUUAUUGUUUUAGGAGAAGGGAAUAGUGGGGAGCUAUUUAUAGGUCUGACUGUUUUGUUUUUUUUUUAAAACACAUGCUGCACUUAGUGGGGCUUAUACACAGUGCCUAGAAAUAGAGGAGGAAUAAGAGGAUCUUUUGAGAGCUGAUACCAACAGGAUCUCUUGCUUCUUGAGUAGCAUCAAAACUUCAUUUGUGCACUGUAUCCAGCCACUCAGUGGCAAAACAGGCGGUUUCAAUUUGAGAAGAUUAGGCCUAGAAUAGUGGGGUCCCUUCAGACCUGGACUGCAGUCAUAGUAGUAAAUGGGGAAGCUUGCACAGCAUGUCUGUACUGUUAACCCUUUGUUAGCAAACUCCAUACCGUUUCCACUUUCACCAUGGAAACUGGGAGAGUUGUGGUGGCUACUCAAAGAGUGAAGGAACAUAUGAAUUGGCCAAGAUUUAAGCUUUUGUCUGUGGGACUGUACAGGGGUUGUUUUAGAUCAACAGGCAUCCAGAACUCUUCCUAUUGAAGAGCAAUACUUCAGGAGGCAGAAGGGUUCCUAAGUGAGUGCUACUGUUAAAAUUUGUGCUUUUGUUAAAAAAAAAAAAAAAUAAAACUUCUAAUGCAAAGAA